AUGAAGGAAACUGCAGAAACUGGAGCCAAACCUAGCUCUACACGCAAAACAAAUCCUCGAAUCCGAUUGGCUGAACGCUUGUCACCAUUUCCCUAAACCGGACGCCAUUGGCUGCUUCGCUGAAGGCACGGUGACGUCACUUGGAAGCGCCGAAGUCCAGUUUCCAAAGUUUCCUCUGUGGAGCGAUGGGCAGCUGAUGUUCUCAGGUGAGUCUCUACCUUUAUUAGCGGACAGGUAACAGGUCUACGCAGACUUAUCGAUAAUUACUGAUCAGGUUAAUCAUAUCUUACUAUCCGCUCUCAGUCAGAAUCUGUCGUUAAGCUCUUUGCUCCGUAAAGAAGCUCCUGAUGCUAACACAGCUGCAGAUUUACCGUUAUUUAAGAACCGUUACCGUCAAAUUAUCAACGAAUAAUCACAGAUUUGAUUAUCUUUUUAAUUAAUAUUAAUUUUUAAGCAUCCCUCGGUUAAAAUAUGAUCUUUGAACGGCUGUGAUAUUCCUGCUGUUAUUAGCAUGCUGCUAACAUGCUAAGCUCGAUGUAAACAUUGGCACGCCCACCUUACUUCAACACUUUCAGCUUUUUCUGCUUAAAACUGAGUUUUUAUACAAUAUAAACGAAAUAAAAUGAAGGUUUUCGGGACUAAAUUGAGUAAUAAACAGGUUGUUUAACAUAUACUAUGAUGUGAAUCUGUUAAACUUUAUUAGGGAUGAAAAAUCAGACCAAACAGAUGAACCUUUAACCAAAGAAGCAUUCACCGCAGGUUUAAGAAGUUUUAACACUUUUAAUAUAAACAUUAUUACAGGAAUGUUCCCUAAGAUCCUUUUCUCCUCACCAAAGCAGAAGAAAUACCCUAUAAGAGCUCCAUGUAGACCUUCUAAGCAGAGAUACUAGACUUUAAAUUUUACUUUUUAAAUUUCAAUUAAAAGAAAACAGAACUAAUCAUCUUUGGCUUUAGUGGGGUCCAGGAGACCCCUCUCAGGGAGCUGGACCCUCUUGUACCUCAUUUUAAACCCACAAUUUUAAAUCUUGCUGUAAAAGGUGACAAUGAUUUUUAAGUCGGAUCAACAAAUCGACUCUGUUUUUAAAUCCAGUUUUUUAUCAUCUGAGGCUUUUAUCCAAGAUUAAAUCAGUUUUUUUUAUCUUUUAAUGAUUUUGAGCGUGUCUUUCAUGCUUUUAUUUCCACACUUUGGUUGGACGAUUGUAACGCUCUUUACGUCAGCGUUAAUCAGGUUUCCCUCACACGCUUGCAGUUUGUCCAAAAUGUUGCUGCUCGUCUUUUAACAGGUCAACGUAAACAUGACAAUAUCAGCCCAAUUCUGGCGUCCCUCCAUUGGCUUCCUGUCCAUUUUAGAAUUCGUUUUACGAUUUUGCUGUUUGUUUUUAAAUCUUUAAAUGGAUCAGCACCACAGUACAUCUCUGACCUCUUAAAUGCUUCUACUCGUCGUUCCUAAAACACGUUUGAAAACACGUGGUGACCGAGCUUUCUCGGCCACUCGAGAUGAAAACAUCCCUGACUCUUUCCACUUUUAAAUCACGUCUUAAAACUCAUUUUGAUUCCUUCGCUUUUAGCUCAGCAUGAGAGUUGUGUAAUCUCUGUCCUUUUAUGUCUUUUUGUGUUUCUUUUAUCAGUUUUUUUUCUUUUGUGCUUUUGUGUUUUUAUUUCAUUUCAUUUUUUUACCUGCUUUUACUUAUUUUCUCAUGAUAUUUUCUGUAGUGGUUGCUCUCUUAAAUUUUACUGGGCAGCACUUUGGCAAACUUGAAUGUUUUUAAAAUGUGCUAUAUAAAUAAAGCGGAUUGGAUUAAAGUACUCUGGUAUGCCAAGAAUGAGGAAUGUCAUAACUCUCCUCAGUGUGAAUAUACAGCUAGAUCCCUUAAAAGUUCAUAAACACACAAAAUACCUCAAACAUACUCGUCCUUGAGAAAUAGGGUCUUGUUUUAGUGUAGAACUUUUUAAUUGUUCUAUAUAUACAUGUAUGUUUGAGGGGGAAAGGCAGCUCGAAAGCAGUCAGGGCUUGUUUACAAAGCUGGGAAGUUUCACGGGAAGUUUACUCGAAAUAAAAUUACAGGAGAGCAGGAACCUCAAACCUUCACAUUUAUCAAACACAAAAUUAGGCCCCCGAACCCUCGCCGACUUCACUGACGUCAGAGGAGCGUUGUGUGAGGGCUUGAUACGCCACCUCGACUCCCGGAGGGCUGGAAACAAAAUAUGCAAUAAAAUAAAAAGAGGAGAUGUGAGCGGUUGCUUCUGUGCCCUUUUAGCAAACGAUCAAAAGUCGGAAAAACUGUGAAUGUAAAUAAGGUUAUUUAACUGGAAACACUCGUAACUCUCUGAGUGUGUCGAAAAUACACCAAAAUAAAUAAAAACAAGUUUCUGACACACUAAUGCUUAUGUUGCCUAAAUUUAGAUAAAAUUUGAAAUUUAAAAAAGAUAACUUAUAAGAACAUUAUUUCAAUAUUUGGCUAGGACUUAAGUGAUAUUAUUUUACCUUAUUGCUGAAACAGUGCUUAUUAUCAGUAUAUGGAAAACAUCUUGGAGGAGAAACACAGUUAAAGAAGUUAAAGACUUGGCCUUCAUGUAUUUUAGGAGGAUUUGUCUGCCCUGUCUUAAUCUGAGAGUGAACUGUAUUAUAUCAAAUAUACAGGAUAUUGAAGAAAAUGCUGUUUUAAAUGUACCUUUGUAAUGUUAUUUCUGCGCCUUUAAUCAAAUCCCAUGUGUUUCCGUAAGUGUGCAUAUCUGCAGACUUUCAUCUGACUGACAGAGUCAAUUUGCUGCUUUUAUUUGUCUUAUAAUUAGAUGUUUCAAAGCUGAGAGGAGCAGCUGGUCACCAUUAUAACCACUUAAAAAGAAACAAGGAGUUCCUGCGAAGGGUUAAAGUGCUUAAUUUUAUUUCCACUGUCCUGUUUUUUGUCUAGGAUGGACGAUAUCAAUGUAUUACACCACAGAUGCCUCCUGAAUUUGAGGCGUCGAUUCAGAGACAUUGGGGAUGGACGCCCAGCACAGGAGCGGUAUAUGAGGUUGCAGAAGGAUGGAGACAUACUCAGGUCAGUCUGUGUAUUAUUAAUAACCUUUUAUACAGAAGGACUUCAGUGGCUUGUAAAGAGACAGUAUUUCACACAACUUUUUAUCUAAUUUCUAAUAAUUUAAUGGUUUGAAUAGAACUUAAAUGAAUCUGAAUCUUGUGUUAAUACCACACAGUUUUUCCUUAAAGGGAUAAUCUGGUGAUAAUUAAUUUAAGGUCAAACACACCAUAACACCGAGUUAGACACCCCCUCGAGAGAUGAAUGUUGCCGACCGCUUGCUUCUCUAGUUUUACCAACUUUAGUAACGACCGCAGGAUAGUAAUACACAGCGGUCUGAGGAGCCAUAAACAAACCUCAACCAAAACGCCACUCUAUAGCAACAAAGAGACUAAACACAACUCACCUACUCUCUUCCAGCAGCUGCUUGUUCGUAGCAAGACCUCAGGCCAGUCCAUCUCGGACUACAGCGGGGUGACGCAGCUCAAGGAGGAACAUUUAUGAUAAUUCCUUCAUGGAAAUACAAUCAGACCAAGACGCAAAAUGAUUAAUAUGGUGAUUAUUACUUCAAGGAAAUGAUAAAGAAAUUAUCAUAAAUGUUCUUGGACUGGUCUGAGGUCUCGCUACAAACAAGCGGCUGCUGGAAGAGAGUAGGUGAGUUGUGUUUAGUCUCUUUGCUAAAGAAAUGAGUCAAAGUUAAAAAGAUGUUUGGUGUCUAGUACUAUGUCUGUGACCCUAUAUGUCCUGUUGAUGAAGUUAGGUGCUGUUCUGAGCAUUAUUUGUGGCUAUAGAGUGGAGUUUUGGUUGGGGGUGUCUAACUCGGUGUUACGGUCUGUUUGACCCUAAAUUAAUUUUACGCUGGAAUAUCCCUUUAAAUGAUGGGUCAUGUUUGUGAAAGGUUUUCUUGCUUUCAUGUACAAAUGUGUUCAUGCUGAUGUGAUCACGUCUAACAGAAGUGUUUUCAGGAGAGGUUGUUGGGCCCGGGGAUCUCUGUAAAACACUUAAGCGUCGGCUGUAAUCUGAAUAUAAUAAAGUAUAUUAGAUUUGAGCAGAGUUGCCUAUUAGGAGUCACCCAUUGUUAACCUGUCGUUGCUUCUCUUUAGUUACCAAGGGAACUCUGAGGAGGUGGGUUGCUAUGUGGCUGGCCAUCCUUUAUCAAAGGGAAACUGCUACUUUGAGGUAAGGCUCAUUGACAGUGAUUCUGUUUGCGUCUGUAACUGUUGACUUUCCCCGACGAUGUUUUGGUUUCUUUAUUUCAUGAUCACCUCCCUCCCUCCCUCCAACCCGGAUCGUUUUUAAAUCAUCCACUUCUUUUGGGAGGAUGGUUAUCAUGUGAAAAUAAUACACCGCCAUUCCUUUGCACAAUUUUGAACUAUUAGAGGUGGGGGGAAUUAUUCAUGAUAUGAUACCACAUACCAUCCACCCAGUGAGCGCUGUGCCCAAGAUUUCUUUACCAUCCAGCCAGCAAUCCUAUCCCCUGGAAUCCUGUUGCUGUAGAUUUUCUCAACUUCAUAUUAGAUUCAGAGUGCCCCCAUGCAGUCCCAGUUCAACAGUGCAAAACCACUACCUCAAAAAUGUCCUCUCUGCACUGGAAUGAAGGGAAGGGUGUGGGUUAGGUGGUAUCUUUGAGAACAGAGAUUAGUUUAACACUCAGUGUUUGUUUAGCGGACGGACUGACAGCAGGGGAAACCAUUGGAGAUUUUUUUUACAGGGUUUCCAAACAAUGUUGAAAAGAAUUUGAUUUUGUGAUAUACAGACGAGAGGCUGUGGGAAAACUGUUUUUUUUUCUUUAUUUGGAGGUUAAAAAAAUAAGGUUAUUCACAGGGAGGUCACAAUCAUCUCUGUUUUUAACACAGAGGUUCUGCCAACACUAUACAUCCAGAUCAGAUACUCCUAUACUGGCAAAAUCUGAUUUACAUGCUCUGCUGUCCGAGACCCAAGCCUCAAUGUGGCCCUAAGCUAAAUUUGAUUUUGGGGCCCUCUAUUUCUGCCAAUAAUAUUGAUUGUUGACCACUCACACACCUUCACAAAUCUCUUUAACAUUCUAUGACAUGCAAACGAACCUUUAUCUUGGCGUUUUUCUCUUCUUCCUCUUUCUUUUCUCUGCUCCUGAAGUAUAUGUCUUUUUUUGAGACAUUGUUUUGUCCCACAACUACCUGUGCUGUGGAUGCUCACAGCAGGAGGCACACAACAGUAGUGAAGCUUUGACAUAUCAGCAGUAAGAAUCAUAGACCUACAUCAGCAGCAGCUCUACAAUGUUUUUACUUUAUUUUAUUUUUACAAUAACGUAUAUUUGAUCAUACAGAAAGCAUCACUCAUACAUGCAAAAAAUAAAAAAUAGUUUAAGAAUAUAUAUUUUUUUGAUUGCUUUUGGGGCCCCCCAUUGACCGCGGGGCCCUAAGCAGUCGCUUAGUUCGCUUAUGCCGUUGGCCGACUCUGACAUUUGAUAAUAUCACGAUAUCACUGUGUUUUUUUAUGUCUGUGUAGUCAACAUUUUAACAUUUUUGAGCGCCCCGCUCUUUCUUAAUGUAAACAAAGUCAUUUUCCACCUCCCGCGACCUGAUUGGUCGUGAACUGAUUGGCUCCCAGCUCAUCACUCCUCCCUGAUUAAUUCCCUACAUGCUUAAUUUCUGGGGAGUGAUGUGAGAAUAUUACUUUCCACCCCCAGCGCCUACAGGUGGAUGCUGGGUAUGAAACUAUGCGAGGGAGGGAUGUGAUCUUGUGACUGAAAACAAGAAUGAUUAAAUGGAGCAUCGUUGUCUGCCGGAGCUAGCUCACAAGCUCAACUAACAGCAGUCAGAUCAUGUUUAAAAUCACCUCAUAUGUUUUCACGAAGGUAAGGUGGAGUCAGACACUAAACCGAACUCGUCAUAUUUCCUCGCAUGUUUGAUUUUAGUGUUGAAUUCAGCUCUGCUGCUUCCACCUCAUGAAACAAUCGACCUGCUUGUACUGCAGCUGCCUGUUGGACCGUUUUCACUUUCUAGUUAAAAAAAUUUCCUCACUGCCAAAAUUUUCACCAUGGGGUUGCUGAUGCUAACGUAACAGACUGUCCUUUGUUUGUGCUCGUACCUUUUUCGAACCACGAAUCCUCAGAGAGUUACCACAGGCUGCCAUAAUAAAAAGGUUGUGACUCAAAUCUGGCUGGUUUGUGCAGUUUAGACUCUCACACUGAAGGAAAUCAGGACCGCUCAGUCACACAGAGCAUGUUUGCUUUCUGUUGCAUGUAACUGCACACACUCAAUGAAACAUUUCUAGAGUUAUUGGCAGUGACUGCAGCCGAUACCAGCUACAUCAGAGCGAUAUCAGUGUUAAUUACUGAACCUCAGCUGACCCGCUCUGUUUUUAUAUUUAACCUUUUUAUAAAACACGAUAAUUAACUCAACUUUAUUAGUAAAGCACUUUAAAACAACCACAGCUGAACGAAGUGCUGAACAUAAAUAGAAAAAACAACGCAGAAAAAAAACAUUAAAAAACAAUUAAAACAAUAAAAAAAAAAAAGCAGAUAUUAAAAAGUAAAAUAUAGUUUCAAUGUUCUUAAAAACUAAUUUAAAAACAAUAAAAACUAAUAACUAAAAACAAAACACUAAAAAUGUGUUAAAAAAACGGCUUAUUUUGCUGUUAUAAUUAAAAUAAACGGAAUUUAAAUCAAAAUACAAACCAGUGACUGUUUUAGAUUUGACGUGCUCCUGAUCAGGGAUGCCCAGUUUAUUAGUUUAACAGAAGUCUUGGAUCGGUAUCAGAUAUCGGCCGAUAUGCUCAGCCCAGUUAUCAGUAUCGGAUUGGAUCAGAAAAAAUUGAUCGGUUCCUCUCUACUCCAGAUGUGGGAUGAGAAAAGCUUGUUUCGACCAAAUCAUCAAUCAGUCGAUCUUCGCGUCAUCCAACUUUUUGUGCCUUUACACCUCUUAUUUUUCUUCUUCCUGCGGACUGAUAUGAUUAGAAUCGAUAUUACAGCUUCACUGUUCGUCAUCAUCUCCGCAGGCUGCAGACUGACCGCCAUAAUUGACUGAUAUAAUUGAGUGUUCAACACGACUCUGUCAAAAUAUUUCUUCUCCUCGCAGAAGUGUGCGAGGAUUAAGCGUCCGGUGAUUUACUUCAGGAAAGUUGCAGAAGUUCAGCCGUAAAUUAGCCGAAUCGGGCUGCGGUGUGAUAUUUAUGAGGCAGCUUGUUUGUCGGAGCAGACCCGGUGACGUGAGGCAGGCAUAUUUCCUCGUCGGGGUUUGUAGGUUUCGGGAGGACAGCAUCAGGUCACACGUUAUCCUGCGUACCUUCAUCCUUCAGCUGACCUGCGAAUAAAGCCAGACAGCGGCGCAACGCGGCUGUGAAUCCAGUGAGUCACUUCUCCUCCCUCUGUUCUUCCUUUAGGUUUGUUUUGAGAUAAGAAACACGACUUCAGACGUGUGUUGAAACCUUUCAGCUCGAGUUAAGGAUGAUUUUAAACACGCUUACGACCCACUAUGACAUGUCCUUUUAACGUAAUGUAUUACUUUGAUUUGACCUCAUGAUCUCUCUCGCCCUCCUCUGGAGAAAACCUUUCAGAUGACAAAGUUUACAUCUGAAUGAGACUCACAUUUAAGCUUAAUAGGUCUCCUUGACAUUUAAACGAGUGGAUUCCAGUGUUGUCAUUACCCAGACAUUUUUCAGCUACAUUUUUCUCUCCGCUCUGUGACGCACACGCGCCGUCAGUUUCCAGAUAUGUUGGAUUUUUUUCAGGAGAGUUUAUUCAGGUAAAGGUCAGGCCUCCGUCGACGAAUGCGUCACCGGUAUCCUCAUGUUUCUUCUCGUUGUGCUUCUGCAGGGAAUCUGUUUCACCUUCGUCAUCGCUGCUGCACAUUCCCCGGCUUUCGUCAUCCAUCUUCUUCAAACGCAGCUGCACCAUCCCACGUGUUUUAAUGGAUUUGUUUCAAAAAUGCAUCUGAACAUAAUAACUCAAUGGCUCAUUAAUGAGUACAUUCCUGUCCCCCCCUCUUAAUCUCAGGUAUUUUACUCUUUUUCUUUGUUGGACUGUCACAAAUAGUUUGAAGCAGAUCAAGUGUGCGAGUGGUAACCUGCCAAAACGGAGAAGUGAGGUCUUCUUAACAAAGCAGGGGUGUCGAGUUUUAUCCGUAAAGUACCUGGAAACUGGAACGGAACCAGCGCCUGUAAUUUUUCAGUCAGUGAACAUUGAGGAGUCUGGUUUCACAUAAAUCCUAAAUGAUGGGGGGACUGGAGGAUCUCACAGAGGUCAGGUCUUGACCUCCUCAAGGACAGUGGCGCUCCCUUGUGUUAGCUGUAUUGAUCUCGUGACGUAAAAGUUGAAUUGCAGAGUCAUUGAUCCAGACGACAGGUGAAUAAUUAUAUAACUAUUCAAUCAAUUACAAGUUUCUAUGUCAUUUAGCAGACAGACUAGGGAUAGAGGGGAAUCAAACCACCAACCUUCCAGUUAUUGGAAGACUGCUCUACCUCCUGAGCUACUGUUGAGCCUAGUUGAGGGCUGGGCGAUCAACCGAAAAUUUACCCAUACCUGAAAUUUAUGAUAUUUAUUGAUUUGAGGCCAUAUCGCCCAGCCCUACUAUUCAGUCAAUUACAAGUUAAAAUGUCAUUUAGUAGACGCCACUAUCCAAACUGAUGUACAUACGGGUCACACGCCAGUGGCGGACACACACUGGGAGCAAGCAGGGUUAAGUGUCUUGCCCAAGGACACAACAGACAAACUAGGGAAAGGGGGGAAUCGAACCGCCAACCUUCCAGUUAUUGGACGACCACUCUACCUCCCGAGCUACUGUUGCCCUGCUUAGGGCUGGCCAAUAAACCGAAAAUUUACAGAUACUGAAAUUUAUAGCAAUAACCGAUGUCCUUUUGCCCAUAUCGGUAUUCGAUAGUAGUCCAGUUAAAUCGCUAAAUGGAGCUUUAAGUAUAACUGGACUAAAUUUUAAAUGAGUGAGGUACACAGACUGCACUGUUAGAAAUUCCACGUGUUAAUAAAACGGUAAACAACUGGCUAGGGCUGAGCGAUAAACGGAAAAUUUACUGAUACUGAAAUUUACGACAAUAACUGACAGAAUUUUGCCUGUAUCCCUGUAUUUGGUGUCAAAAAAAGUAAUAAAUCAAAGUUGUUUUUGGAUGUGUGUAGGUAGGCUAUGGUCUCAUGUCCCUUUAAGACACUGUCCUACGUCAGAGACGUGACGUGAAUUGUGAUUAAUUGCAUUUUUCAACCUGGUGUCACUGACAUUCGUACUUUUCAGGAGUUUGUUUCUCUCUGUGUUUCCUGUAUGUGCAAAGGUUUUAUUUUCCUGCAGCGUUAAGACAUGACUGGUCUUACUGUGCCAACCUGAGGACUUACUUAAGACCUGAGUCUUCUGUAACUCGCCUAAAGUCUGUUGUCACCUCUUCAGCGCUGUGGUUAAGUGAACUUCUUUGAUUUUAGUUUCAUCUGCAGGUCUAAAAAAAGACGGAUCAGUAUAAGAGUGACACUCUUGAAAACCAGUUAGAACCUUCUCACAGUGGCUUUAAUGGAAGGCCCAGACCCAGACCAGGACCCCUGUCUCAUUGUUACAUAAGCACAAACAGGCUGUGGGCUACGAGAGGCCGAGGUUUACUCUGAGGUUUCUUUUUCCUGACUGAAGCUUCUCAUUGAGGCUUUUCUUUCUCUCAUUGAUUCAAAAAAAAACCUUUUCCUUUUCUUUAAACACACGGCGGCGGCGGCAGCGAGGGAGUAAAUACCUCAGGCCUGGUUUUACCGGCUCAUCGGUGCCCCAGAGUCAGUGAAAGGGUGUCCUGUCUGUCUCUGUGUGUUUGUAGGUGACAAUAGUGGACACAGGGGUGAGGGGGACCAUCGCUGUGGGCCUGGUGCCUAAAUUCUACAGGCUGGACCACCAGCCUGGCUGGCUGCCAUACUCUGUAGCUUACCACGCUGACAACGGCAAGUAAGUCAAACCACAGUCAUCUAUACUCUACUGUACAGCUUUGGUUUCUUGCAUGGUUUGACAUAAUGGAUUGUGGCCAAUUGAUUCGUCUUCCUCUCAAACUACAGCAGCACAGUAAUUCAUUCUCCAUCGCUCCGACUCUAACUUUGCAUUUUUAAGGGGAAAAAUUUGACUGCUAACGGAAACAGGAGAUUUGGCAGGAUGGCUCUGAACCUUACACGGCUAAUUAUAUCUUUUAUAGGAGUUAAAACGACGACUAUAUUCAGUAUAGAGGAGUUCUUUUUUUAAUUUUGGGUAGUUAUGGGAAUUAUGUCCAGAGAUGAAUUGUGGUAAAUGUAGGAGACAAAUGUCAGCUAGAGAGGGUAAAGAUAGUCAGCAAACAGAGGGACCACCUGGUUUGUUUCCAGCACACAGUAUCCAGGAUGGUACGAGGAUGAAUAAGUGUUCAUGGCAUGAGUAGUUUACACAUUAAUGCUGACUAAUAGAGCGAUAUACGCCAGACAGACAUUGACUUUUUUCAGCAAGACGAUGACAAACCACAUUCUCAACAGCAUGACUCUGUAGGAGAAGAGUCCUGGAGCUAAAGUGACACAUUUAACAUAUUAUGACGCAAAAACACUGAACUGACGAGCAGAUGAAACCCUGGGAAAUUUCACCUUUAAACUCUGGUCGUCUUUGCUCUGUUGUUAAUUACACACAGGAAUUAAAUUUUAAACCUCUUAAAUUCCAUUUCUAUCAACAUUGUACACAGUGUCCCAGUGUCAAUCAAUCAAUCAGUCUUUAUUUAUAUUGCACUUUUAAUACACAACCAUGUAACACAAAGAAUACCCAAAUCAUACCAACCCAACCCCUCAGUCCCACCCCACGAUCUCAACGCAACAGAAACAUGUUUUAAAAUGCGUAGAAACUGAGGAAACGCCGUUUUAAAAUUCAAGAUAAGGAAACACCUGAGGUUAGGUUAAAAUCUAAAAACAAAGUAAGAUAGAAAUAAAUUUUAGAAAUACUGAAUAAAAUGAAAUAAAGCCAAAACAGUAAAAAAAUAAGAGCACCAAAAUAGCUCAAUAAAAGACGAUCCUGUCAUUAAAACUAGAAAGAGAUAAAUGCUGAAACACUGAAACAAAGUUAAUGUGAUAAAGUCGAGUUAAAAGCAGGACUAAAAAGCUGUGUUUUGAGUUUUGGUUUUAAAAUCAUUUGUUUUUUUAAAAUUGAGGUUGUUUGUCCUCAAAGCUUAAAGAUGAUUUCUGAGUCACACUCGACGUCCUGCUGCUUCAUGACGCCCAAAACUCGACUUUUCUCAUGUGUCACACUGUGUUAGAUUAUAUUUAAAAACUCUCUCAACUCAAACUAACUUUUUUAUGUGAAAUAAAACCUUAAAAAAACAAACAUCCUUAUAACUAGGAACCUGAUUAAGUCGUUUAUUUUGACUUUGCUGGUUUUGAAAGCUGACAGGAGCGAACAGAAGCAGAGAAGUCUACAGUCAUUAUCAUCCCGAGUUGGUACUCUGUGUACUCGCUGAGUUAUUUUUCUGACAUGAUGCAUAUUAACUACAGCUUAGCCCACACACGUAGGCUCUGUAACCUCGCAUACUCUAUACUCAACAAAUAUAAAUUCAGCUUUAGGGUCAGCCGUGUGUUUUCGGAGUUACUUGGAGAAGUUUGAAUCACUUCACUUCACUGUUGGAGGAAAUAUAAACCUUCAUACUGAAGAAUUUAAUGAUGUUUGUCUCUAUUCUUUGUAGGUUGUACAACGGCAACCCUGUAGGACAGCAGUUUGGACCAAAGUGUGUCCGUGGGGACCGCAUCGGCUGUGGGAUCCACUCAGAAAACAUCGAAGCAGGUUUAACGACGGUCUUUUUCACCAAAAAUGGCAAAGAGGUGAGUGUUACCGAUCGUACUGUCAGUCUGUAAGUCUCCAUGAGUGAGACUGUUAACCGUGUCUUUACGUCCCUCAAUGACGCAGGUGGGUUCAGUGGAGGUCCCUGUCUCUGCAGAGGGGCUGUUCCCCGCUGUCGGGAUGCACUCCAUGGGGGAGGAGGUGAAGGUGGACCUGCAGGCUGAGUGGUUCCUGGAUGAAGAUGAAAGUAUGAUGAUGGUGGACAGCCAUGAGGAUGACUGGGGGCGACUGCAUGACGUCAGGGUGAGCGGCACGGUAAGCAGCAGCAGAUAUUUUAGUUUUUUUUUUUUGUGCCCCUCACUGUUUAAACAAUUCUGUGACAUUUUCGUUAAAGGGCAGAAACAACUGCUCUUUGUCAUUCCUUGUUUAGCUUUUGCACAGACGUUUCAGGGAUCGCCUCCUGUAUUUACAAUUUAAAUCAUCAGUUUAGAAACCCUCCCGUUUGAUCUCCCGACGCUGAGUCACUGCGUUUCUUUAAAGCUGACUCACUGAACUCACAACAUGGUGGGCUGUAGGUUUAACAAACCGAGCCGUGUCUCAGGAUUACAAAACAAACUGCGAUAAAGAAAGGUAAUUAAAAAGUGAAACAAACCUGCUGCACUCCCCUCACUGCGGAGGAUUCUCUCCCCGCUGACAGAGCUGUCAGCGGCCCAGCAGGACGGACGACCUGCUGUACGCGAGGAAUUUUAUAACUGAUGGAAGACGAGGACGCACGCUGAGAGCUGCAGGUAAAACAGACAAAUAGAAGUGAAGUGUGGGGUAGCUGCUCUGCGGGACGGUCGAACUCUGCUAUGACUGGGUUGAAGCCAAAGAUGAUACUCCUCAUAUGGAUCUGAGUCUAUUUAAAGUCUGUUUGUAGUGCAGCAGCUCCAAACGGAUUAUAGACUAACAUCUCUAGUUAAAGGGACAUUCCAACGUAAAUUUAAGCGAAUUUAAUUCGAGUUGCUGAUUGCUUGCUUCUCUAGUUAAACCAACUUUAGUAACGACCGCAGGAUAGCAACACACAGAGCGUUCUACAUAUUCACGCACAAACCUCAACCGAAAGGCUACAAAUAAUGCUCAGAACAGCAACAGCAUGUAGCAAAGAGAUCAAACACAACUCACCUACUCCCCCCCAGCAGCCGCUUGCUUGUUGCUUGACAAGUUGAUCACUGAGUGCAGCGGAGUUUCGCAGCUGAAGGAAGAACAUUUAUGAUUAUUUCUUCAGGGAAAUGCAAUCAGACCGAGAAGAACUGCCUCCUUGCUGGGUGAAGCCACUCCGAGAACAGCACCCUCUGGUGACGGGCUGCAGUAUAGGUCAUAACACGCCUCUUCCGAAAAUCCCUAUGGAGCUGUGGACAAAAUUUAGAAAUUUAUUACACAGAAUAUAAAUGUUUCUCCCCCCUGGUUGUGAUGUCGACAUGUAGUUACUGUCAGACUGGUUUGUGCUCAAGUCCUCUUUUUCUGUGCAGCUCCGUUUUUAAAAGUUAUUAGGGCGUUCAUGUUUUCUAUGAUUGACAGUUGAUUCAGCCUACGGGCGUACGAAGAUAGUGUAGCUCACCAGAGGGUUACAGCAACAUCACAGCGACUCUCCCACCGAAUGCGUACAAUGCUACUGCACAAUAAUGGUUUAGGAAAUGGAGAAAAAUUGCAGAAAUACUGAGAGCUUUUUGGCUUCCAAUCCGUAUACUGGCGGAAGGCAGAACCAAGUUGUCUGUAGUUUAUACAGGCUAUGGUUCGGUCUCUUUGCUAAAGAAAUGAGUCAAAGUUAAAAAGAUGUUUGGUGUCUAGUACUAUGUCUGUGACCCAAUAUGUCCUGUUGAUGAAGUUAGGUGCUGUUCUGAGCAUUAUUUGUGGCUAUAGAGUGGUGUUUUGGUUGAGCACGUGGCUCUCUGUAUUUCUAUCCUGCGGUCGUUACUAAAGUUGGUAUAACUAGAGAAGCAAACGGCAACAUUCAUCUCUUGAGGGGGGGUCUAACUUGUUCUAACCAUAACUUAAAUUUACGCCGGAAUAUCCCUUUAAGGUGAUGAUGCUUAAACGUGAACAUCCUUUGAUUCGUCACUGUAAUAUUAGAGUUCUUCUGUCUGUAGCUCUGUGUUGAUUCAGAGUCAGAAAAGCAGACUCAUCCAUGCAAGUGGAAAAAAUCUGUGUGCACUUUCAUCUUCAGACCAAAUUAGCUGCCAGAAUUAGCACUUUGUAAGCAUUGAAAUUACAUGCUUUUUUUUUCUCCACACUUGUCUGUUUAUUUUUCUAUUUUUAUUUCCAAACUGUCAAACAUAGAAACAGAAAUAUUCUGUCUCCAUGUCAGUUUUUCCUAACUCAGGGCCUGAUUCCCGAAAAGUAAUUUAGUGCGUACACACCAGAAGAGCUGACGUGGCGAAGUUUCAGUUUGAAGUUUUAACCUAAUCAACAAAAUUACUACUAUAAGACGAUGUAUAAAUAGCUCUAGGAUGAAAUUUACAGCGUUUUAUUGUUGUUGUUAGAGGAAUAAAUCACAUCACCUCAUUGCUGAGCAUUCUGCAAACAGCUGUGUUUACAACAUGAAGAUAUAUGCGUCUUGAUUUAGGUCACUAGAUCCCGGAGAAAGUGCACACGUCAGCCAGAGCGAGAUCUUUAUGAUCACAGAUGUACUGCUCGCUCGGGUUCACCGGCCAAAGUCGACACAAAUAGCAGCUCUGAGAAAGGGGGGAAAAAAAAUCACCUCAAAACUGAUAUGUUUAUUGGCUCCAAACAGGACUGAAAAUGAAGAACAGGCAUGUGUGUGUUUUGGAAGAAUGUGGGUUAAUUAGAAGAUGUUUUCUCAGAUGGAGAGAGAAAACCCAGGAUGCAUAGAUUCUGUCAUAUAAGGUAACUCAAACUAGUUGCCUCCAACGUAAGCAGCGGGAAAAAUCUCACUUUGUUUUUUUAACAUAUGUCUCUUGAAAAGGACGGAUUACGGAGUAGCUUUUCUCCCGCUUGUUCGUCUGCACGGCUGUUGCCAGUCUCCCCUCGUGUUUGUUUUGUUCUCCUACAAGAUCCUUCAACCGUCUGUUCUCCAGCAAAUCCCUCUUUGUUGACAGCUGUACUUACUGCCCUCUGAAAGUCAGGGGAACGCUCCUGACACAAUGACUCUAAUAUUAUUCUGUCUAAUUCGUGGUCGUAGGAUCUUGUCGAGACUGGAUUUGGGUCACGUUAAAAGCGUUGAUGUUGUCGUGACAUCAGCUCGCGGAUUUUCUCCUUUUUCUGUCGAGAACACGUCCCGUAACAAAAUAAACAGAGUGGAGAUGUCGAGUCUGUUUUGCUCCCUCUUUGCUGCAUCAGAGUCGGGGAUGAUUAUGCAACUGUUUGGCGAAUUCGCCGGCGAAGCUCAGGAACAUAAGGAGGGGGACACACUUAAUUUUUUUAUCCACGGUUAAAAGCAAAGAAAGGCGCGAUGGGGUUUCCAGGAGGCAGAUCACAAUGAGAGCAUCUAUUCAGGAGGGCAGCAGGACGGGACAACACCCAAGACACAUGAGAGAACAUUUAGAGGAGUUGAGUCAAGUGUUAACCCGGAUUAAAACGAACUCAGGCGGUCAAAAAUAGAAUAGAAUAGAAAUCAAAUUAUAUUUACAAAUGUACACGCUAUGAAGGAGGUAUAUACAUGAGGAUGAAGUAUGUACAGGCUAUAGUAGUGUAUGUACAGGCUAUGAACAGAUUAUAUAUAUGGUUAUAAAUAUGACGGCUAUAAACAGACUAUAAAUAUAAGUAUAUGACAUAAAUUAUGCAGUAGUACAUUGGAUGUAUUUACAGUAGUAAAAAUGGGGUUUGAAAGGUUUUAAGUUGGUUUACUGAUAUAAAGUGAAGGUAACUGUAGAUAAAAUGUUGUAAAAAUGUUGAUUUUUGCAAUAAUCCGACUGAAACUGGACUUUUAAAAACCUGUUAGUCUGACUGAAAUCUCUUUAAGUCUGAACUAACAUACCUGGAUAAUCCCUUUGGGGAUUAAUCCUCCCUGUCAUACAUUCAGCUCAGGCAGACUGAAACCGGCCUAAGCGGUCUGCGUUCACGUGCCGAGCUUUGAGAUGGACGCAGAAUAAUGUGGAUGUUUUGGCUCGUAAACAAACGAACAGUCCAGAGCUGUAAAAGUGACAUCCUGUUCGUGUCUUGCUGAUGCUUUUUGCCAACUAUUAAAUGACGAGCUACGACUCUAGAUCAAAUUCAGCAUCGCAUACAGGAAGUGUCGCAUCUCCGCCACAGAAGAUCUGCUCGUUAAUGAACGAACUCGCCGCUGUGUCACUCACUUGUGUACUGCUCUGGAGCCCUGACUGAUUCAGUGAACGAAUCUUUUGAACGAAUCCUUUUAAUGAACGGAUUCUAAAGACUCAGUCAAAAGAACUGAUCUUCCCAUCACUAAUAUUUCACAGAACAGCCUGAGUCACCUUUUCUGUUCUUUCCCUGAAUAUGAUAUCACACACAGUUUAAACUAACAUCCCUGGCAUGGCGUGCUCUCCUCGUUCCACGCCAAAGACAAGCGUGCACGGCAGUUAACGCUGACUGAUGCUUGGCCCUGUUGGUGGCGCAGAUAGAGGUUCAGGUUCAGGUUCAGGUUACUCUCACAGAAACUGUGAUUCAGGUGCAGUAGGUGGUUUUAUUCGCUUAGGUGGAUCCCAUUGUUAAGAACCGCUGCUGUGUCAUCAUGUGUGUAAUCACAAAGCUGUACCCUCCUCGUACGUACAGUAGUGAACUGUAGCACCUUUGUUCUGAGGAAAGGUGUGAGUCCGACCCCCCCCUUUCCCUCGAACUUCUUCAGAAAGAAACCACAAGACUAAGAUCGGGUCUCUCAUUGACAUAAGAGGGAUGGAGGCCAGGCUGCGUGUGGGUCCCGUAUGUGGUUAUGUGAUAAACGUGGCUGUCCGCGGCGGUACAAUCAUGCGCCACACACACAGUACAGAGGCUACCGUCUUUUCUCGAAGCAGACGGGUCAUAAAAGCAGAGAGGGAUGAUUCAACCAGCAGUCUUGCUCUCCGUCUCCCCUUCUUCUGUUUUUCUGGACCGAGCCGUGGCAAUGGCAUGAAACUCGUCGGCCGAGCCAAGUGCCUGGCGGUCCACAAGGUUGUAAAAAUUCAAUAAGUGGAGUAACGGGACUCGCAGGAAUCUUUUACCAUCUCUAAUGUGGUUGGAGGUUUUCACAGCUGGGGUGCCCGGCUGCACAGUCCACUCAGACGUCCACGAGGUUUCACUCCCCCCUCUCUCUCUCUCUUUGUUUCCCUCUCAUGAGUAAGCUACCAUUAGCCCCCGAGGCGCAUGAUGUGGUCAUCAGUGUGCAGGUGUUAAUACUCCAACCGAUAAGUUGUCAAGUUUGAACAAGUACGAGUGUAGAUAAUGAGGACAGACGGAGGGAGUGGGAUGAAAGUUUGAAGAGAAAGAAAAAAGGGGGGAGUGUGGUGAAGGAAGUGAAGUGAUAGGAGGAGAAUUAAAGGGAAAAAAGAAGUUUGUUUUCGAGGCUCGAAACCUUUGCGUUCGCAGGAGAAGUGUGGGGUGAGAUUAUGUUUUAAGGGCAGAACAUUCUGUCUGCCUCAAGGUGGUCUCACUUAAUCUCCUCGGUGAUUUAGACUUUUAAUUUGUUUUAUUCAUUGAGUGGUUUUAAAACUGAAACUGAAACCGUCUCUGUUUGCUUCAACUUUUCCAACUUUGGAUCUUUGAACAAACAAACCCUGUUUUCUUUCUGUAUCACCACCACACACACUCUAUCCUCUCUCCUCCACCCCGUCUCCUUCCCUCUGUCCUCACCUCCUCUCUUCUACAUCCUGUUACACUUGCUCUAUAUAAGCCAUAUGUUCGUCUGCUUUAGUGUUAUUUUAAACUGGAAAACAAAUCAUAUAUCGGCUGUAACAACACAACCAGAACAGACCUGUCAAUGUAACCCUGCGACGAGGACUGAAGACAGGUGGUGCAGACUCUGCUAGUGUUAGCCACACUCCUCAAAUCUGCGUUUCCUGCUGACUCUGUUAUUGUUGAGUCGUGUUGAAUAACUUCUGCUUAGUUUUGACGGUUUUAAGUGUUUUUUUUACAUUAGGUUAAGUUGGUUUGUUUGUUUAAAAAGUAGAAAAUCACUUUGUUUGGAGUCAUCCCCGGUAUGAACAGUGGAGCCAGCAGGAUGGACAUUUGUUUACAUGUCAUGCCCCUUACGCUUUGCUAAUGUCAUCAAUUUACACAGUGGGACACCUGUAUAACUGUGCGUUUUAGUUAGGCAUCAGAGGUAUAAAAGCCACUUGUUUCCUUACCUAGUGUCCUACUAUCCCUUCCUUCCACCUUCUGACAUGUCCACUCUUCCCUCUCCAAUCCUUGAUUCUUCUUUUUCUCUUCCCUCUUUCCUGGCAUUAAUAUCUCCUCUCUCUGUUGUGUUUCCUUGUCUCUUCCUCUGCCCUUGGCCCAUCUCUUCACCUCCUCUCCUCUCCUCUUCACUUGCUCUCUCCUUUCCUCUGCUCUUGUCUCCUCUUGCUCUCUCCUCUCCUCUUCCCUUGCUCUCACCUCUCCUCUCCUCUCCUCAUGCUCUCUCCUCUUCUCUUCCCUUGCUCUCUCCUCUCCUCUCUUCUCAUCUCCUCUCCUCCUUUAUUCUCUCCUCUCCUCUACUCUCUUCUCAUCUCCUCUUCUUUCCUCUCCUCUUGCUCUCUCCUCACCUCUCCUCUCCUCUUCUCCCCCCUCUCCUCUCCUCUCCUCUCCUCUCCUCUCCUCCCUUAUUCUCUCCUCUCCUCUUUUCUCUCCUCUCCUCUACUCUCUUCUCAUCUCCUCUUAUCUCCUCUCCUCUCCCCCCCUCCUCUUCUCUCCUCUCCUCUCUUCUCAUCUCCUCUCCUCCCUUAUUCUCUCCUCUCCUCUACUCUCUUCUCAUCUCCUCUCGUCUCCUCUUCUCUUCUCUCCUCUUGCUCUCUGCUCUCCUCUCCUCCUCCCCUCCCCUCCUCUUUCCUUGCUUUCUCCUCUCCUCUCCUCUCCUCUUGCUCUCUCCUCUCCUCUCCUCAUCUCCCCUCCUCUCCUAAUCCCUUAGUCCAAACUAAACUCUGGAUUUCACUCACACUUAGCCGCCCCAUACUGUAGCUGUGAGUUUAACAUAUUUGACAUAUUUGAAGCGAUGGAAAAAUUUCCUCUCCUCUUUCUCACGUGCAGCUUAGCAACAGAUCCUCCAGUCUGGGUGGUUUCAGAUGACUUAGAGAUCUCUCGUUCAGCUGCCGUGGAUGAAUAAAACCUCUCCUGGCCUUCAGCGGUUUGUUCAGCUCCUCACAAACACUGAAUCCAAACACUGAAACCGUUUUUACACAUUGCUGUCUAAUUGGUGUUGGGGGGGAAACCGGGUGACGGCGGGAAGAUUAAUGACUUUUCUGACUGGUAUGCUUUUGAUGAGACAGUACUGACAGGGCAAAGCCGCAGAAUGCACAGAGGACAAUGGUGAUCGUAGUGACUUGUCUGCAGCUGGGUUUAGAUAGGUGGCUAUCUGAUCAGAGAUUUCUACACGCUGUCAUCAUACCUGUCUUACCCAAUAUCCCCACACACACUCACACACACACACACUUCUGCUUUAUCCUCUUUUGUCCUCGCCUGUUUUUGUAACUCUCUUUCUUGUAAUCAAAUUUGGUUUCCCUUGGAACCAAAAGUUUGUAUAAAAGAAAACUUUUCAGGGAGGUUUUCUGUCUGGCCUCCCUCGUUUUAUUUUCUCCCUCCUUUGUUCAUUUGGUCUUUUAGUCAUUCAUCUGAAGGCCAUUUGUCUGGGGUGCUGAAUCUUCAGUCCUCCCUGUUCUUCCAGUCUGCAAACUGAAAUACAUGCAGAGAAAUAAAUACAGAGACUUGAUCUGUGUUGAAUGCACGUUUUUUCUAUUUUAGUUAACCGUUAUUAGACCAGGUUAUUUCAGAGAGCUCUGCUUUUAUGUUUAAACUGUAGACAUGAGCAUGGUGAUUUCUACCCGGCAACAGAUUCUCUUAAUUUAUCCACUUGUUUAAUGACACUUGAGGUGAACUUUAUCUCUCUGUAGUGUUAUGAAAUCUCAGUCAGUGUUAAUUUGGCUGAAUAGGUUUGGUUUGUAUCAGAGUAAUGACAGCAGCUCUAGACUUCAAAAAUGUACCCCUAAUAACAUCGGAAGUCUCGCCCCCUCCUGAUUUGAUUGGUCGGUGAUCAAAAAGUUGAACUAUUUCCAACAGAGUGCGUAUGCUGCGUUCCAGUUGUACUCAGAAAUCCGGAUUUCUGAGCUCUGAGUCACAAAUUAUCUGGAACGCCCCCCUGAAGUCGGGUUUCCGACUCGGAAAGUCGGACGAUCCUCACCAGCCCCGACUUGACGACAAUGUCAUAAUCCAAGAUGGCAGCGCAGUGAAUCAAGACUAAAAUGUAACAGUGAAAGCUCUCAUAAUGUUUUAUUUAUGAGCACUUCUGUUUUGUUUUUAUGAAAUUAAAUAAGUGGUUGAUGUUGUACUGCCCAACGUCUAACUGACAGCGGCUAAUAACAACUGACAACGGCUAACAACAGCUGACAAUUGUAAACAACAGCUAACAACGGGUAACUGUAGGCGUCCAUCCUGGUUUUCCGACUUGUUAAGUGGAAUACCGUCAGCUCGGGUAUAACGCCAUUCCCAUCUCCGACUUCCUAGGUAACUGGAAUGCAGCAUUAAAGUGCAUUUAAGCUGUCAAAACUGGGCAAAAAUCAUGUUUCCUCUAAAAAACUUACAAAUAUUUGAACCAUUUGAUCAUUUAAUAAAACUUUAAUUGAUUUAUUAAUCAUGUGCUGAAUGACAGUGCCUCAAUGCCAACCUGAAUAGGAGAGAGAAAUAUAACUUUUCCAGCGUUUCCAGGUUUUAGAAUUUUCUACAUUUUCCAUGGUAAAGACUUUUAAGAAGUAAUAUACAUUUGAGGGGAAUUUACAAAGAAUAUCUCGCCACAUAAAGAACCAGUAAUUAUCCAUUAUUUGUCCCCCUUUAAGGUCCAAGUCACAAAAUGUGUUUCAGUAAUGAUAUUCAAGCGAAAAAGACCCACAAACCUUUGCAGUUGACUUUGUUUUGCGCAGACAAGCUGUCAGCAUCUCCGCUCUCAGCUGUGCAUUAUCUGUACUGUGCACUCUUUUCCUGUCGAAGGUACAACCGACCAUAUAUGGUCAAGAGGGUCCGAGCCACAGACUGAUUAAAACAUUGAUUAUUGAUUAUUUAAUGAUCACUAAUGCUUAGGAGUACUUCAGUGCAGUUUACAACAUCUCUCUGGGAGGAUUUGCACAGAGGGAGCUUAAACAACCCCAAAUCAAUGAAAACUGGCUCUUGACUCUCUGCUCAUGUUUCCAAAUUAGCAGUACAAUCCCUGUGUGUAUCAUGGCCUGAGUGUUGAAAUUAAGGCUAGAUGAGUUUAUUUGUCAAAUGGGUGGAUAAAUAAGUGAAACCAUGACUGAAAUACAGAAAAAUGUCUUUUUUUAACAAAAGGAAACAUUUAAUUUGUGUUGGAUUAAUGUUAGAAAUCUGUGGAAUUUAAAAAGUUAUAUAAUCCGUGACUUUUUUAUACUCAAACCAACAUUGUGCUGCUGCUGCUGGACAGCUGUGCGGUAAUUGCUGGUAAUAGAUUCUGCUCAAAAAUAGAACCUGACCAGAUUUCGGUUUUGGACGUGUUCUGGUUUUUGUUUCAAGUACAAGCAGUAUUUUUCACAAAACGUUUCGGAGACUUGACACCGAGUUCAGUUUUCUGUUUCUCCAGAUCCCUUUUUUCGUUCGUUACACAACGUUUUGUGGUACUUUUCAUGUCAACAAUUGAGUGCAAUACUUGAAUUCCUUCCAGAGGAGACUUUCUGACAUGAUGCCCAGUAUCUCCCCUCUCUCUAUUGUGGCUCGCUUCUCACUCCGUUUGGAAAAUCUAUAAACACUUUGGAUUCCCAGUCCUGCUGCUUGACACCUCUCACUCAAUAGUUCUGUCAGAGCAGGACCUGAGAAUAAAAGGUCAGGUAUUAACGGCGCUAUUUGUUAAUAAAGUAACUGCACAGUCGUUGGGAUUAGAUUAAACUCGUGUGGUAAACCAGAGUGACUCUCCUCCUGUAAACAGAUGUCAGUGAUAAAUCACAGCCCUCAAAGUACCUGAUAGCUGCCUGACGGACUCAUCUGACCGCAUCGAACCAAACCGCCUUACGAGACUCGAACCUUUGUCCCCUAACGGGUCAGAACAGCCAUACGUUUAGUCGUCAACUGUUUUCAUAACUUUGUCUCUGCUAAUAAAAUCCUCUGCCAGUCCCUCUGUUGGCGUUUGAGCCUCGAUAGAAAGAAUCCAGAUGACCUAAAAGUUAUGUAAGUUAUAUACUACACAUACCCCGGCGAUGAGAGUUCUUAUUUAGGAACAUUUGAGGCGUGGUAGUGCAGCUUAAUGAUUCGAGAAAAACAAGGUUUUUUCUUCCAUAUUUAGCACUAAACCAAAAGUAUAGAAUGACGAAGAAAAACAGAAGUUUCCUUUCUUUUGUGAAAACAAUGAACGUUUCUGCUGUUUUAUUUUGGGGAAAAUUAAAAGGAAAAGUGUUUGAAAAUGGAAAUAUUUACAAUUACAAUCUUUUAUCCAGAGUGACGUACAAAUGAAUCACACACCAGUGGAGGACACACUAGGAGCAAAGUGGGUUAACCCGGGAAUCCCACUGGAUCUGGAACGGCUCCGGACCGCAGGCGGAUCAAAUAUGCAAGCAUACAGCGCCCACUGUUGAUCGGUGUAAAUAGAUGGCGGUUUAUACAAGCACCCACAUCCUACAACUCCGGCCUCAUCUAUUGUCAAGUGAAGAACACGUUCAAUGUAUUGACUUUAUUUUAGUUUGAAAAUUAACCGGAUAUUUUACUCUGUAGCCGCAUACAAUUUCCUCUGCUGCUCGUGCAGCGCUGCACUGAGUAAAUGUGCUGGCAAAAAUAGAAGCCGGAGGCAAUCCGCAGCGGGUCCGGAUGACAGAUGGAUUCUGUGGUAUCACUCACAUUGAUUAUAAUGCUUGCGUAUUUGAUUAGCCAUUCCGGAUUCUGUGGGUUUUAGCCGUAAGUGUCAUGCCCGAGGACACAACAGACAAAUUAGGGGUUGGGGGGUGAAUUGAACCAACAACCUUCCAGUUGUUAGACGACCGCUCUACCUCCUGAGCUACCAUCACCCUACCACUCCUGUCUAUUUAGUGAUGUCUAAUGCUCAGAUUCGGGAUUGAAAUGCUCCCUUGCUCACCCCUCCUGUUGAUGAAGUGACGGUGGCCUUCAAGGAAAAAAACACAAAAACACUAACAGCUGCUCUCUUACAAAACUCAUAUGUUACUAGUUUGUCCACCGUGUUCGACUGAAUACCGGUGGUUAUCAACAAACUCCAUUGAGUGACGACAUUCGUUCAGAUAAAUUAUAAAUACUUCUUUAAAAUUCACAAACAGGGUUAUGUUAAAAAAAAGUCAGUUUGGAUUCACUGAAUAAGAAAAGAAACUGACUACAGUAUAAUCACGAUAAUUUUGCAAACUAAGUUGGAUGUUAAGUUAGAUUUGAUCGAUCUGUUCUCUUUCACCUCAGUACAUUUGAUAAUCCUUCACAGGCGAUCUAACUUCUCCGUCUCUUUAAGAUGACUUCAUCCCACAUUCGAUCCAUUAUCUCUCCUUUCUUAUCCUGGACUGUCAGCUGAAGGUGUCUAAGGCAAACACAGCGUGUUUGAUAAUCAUCCACCUGAAUGGUGGGUUUCUUUUGCCCGCCACCAUGCCUUCGCUCGGCUGUUUUUCUGGAGCGCACACAUUUGGCCGGCUCUCCUCUGCGUACGUGCGGCUCAGUGCAAACACGAGCCUCCGCCUCCUGUUGUCACAGCCGUCGCUGUGCCCACCAACUUAAUCCCCUCAGCUGCGGAUGAGCGGGCCCACGAGUAAGUGAACAGCACCUGAGCCUGCAGUUAUCAGUUUAGUGAACGAGAGCCCCCACACACUCCUGCAGAGGUAGAUUUCAGGUCUCCAGGAUGUUCGUAUCUCACCGUCUGAGGUGCACAAGAGUUUUCAAACCCCCCCUUUUCAGGAUGUCUCCUUCCCUGCCCCGGCAAAAAGUUUAUCAGUCAAGUCAUAAUUAUCAUCGCGCUUUCCAAGAGUCAGAGCCAGUUUGGUACCAACACCCUUCUAAGGUUGCCUGCUUCCUUCCUUCCUUCCUCAGUGAACAAUAGUCAUCGAUCCCAACAAGACACUGCUCUUGACAGAAAGUUCACAACUUUCUCAUCGAGACGACUCCCAGGCGGAGCGGCGGCACCGUCACGGUUACCGCCGGUUCUGUGAACCGAGCAGCGUGAGAACAAGGGAAACUUUGAAUGGUUUCAUCAAGAGGAGACUGGCUGGCUGCUCGUGUUCGAGCGGACCUGGGUCAGAGAUGAAGAAUGAGAGGCGAGGUGUCAUUCAAGAGCAUCAGCGUUGAUGUUCAGUUUUCGAAAAGAUCGCAUUCGUAUCGUACGAGGGCGUCGUUUUGUUGAAGUAUUUGUGGUGGUAACAUCGUGCUUAAAUGUUUUUGCUCGUCAUCCCGCUGUCGAUCAUUUUGAAAUCAUAAUAAUAAAGGACACAUUAAUAGUUUUUCCAGGGUGGCAAAGUUGCCAGAAGGGAUGGCGUACGUAUCCAAGCAAAUAUCAUCUCGUCUUUCAGCACUUUUUACUUUUUCAGCCGUCUGUUUUUGAGGCCUGUGGUAAUCACAGGAUGUGUUUUGGUUUUUGUGUUUCGUAAGUGCCUCGUUGAACAAGGUCACGCCUAGAGGGGCGGAACAGCUGGAAAAUUUUCAAAUUCAUGAAAUAUUUUAGAUCAAUUAAUACCAAAGACUUUCUUCUUUAGUUAAUUUUUGGGCUUUUAUGCCUUUAGAGGAGAAACAUAUGAGUUAGGAAUCAAACCUGCGCCGCUGGACUACAGCUCAGUAAAGGGGGCACGGUCCAACCACUUCCCGUUCACCGAUAAACUUUAACGAUAACUUUUAAUGACGUCGUCAGAAAGCAGACUGAGGAUUUUAGUGUUUUUCAGACAAAACUUGUUGCAAAGAAAACUGUAAUUUGACGCCUGAAAGAUCUAAGUUGAGUUGACGACUCGCUGAAGAACACGAUCUGGGAGAGGUCUUUUAAUAUCAAUUUCAGAUCUCUUUGAGUUCACCCAUUAGGUGUGACAGGAAGCUGGCAGGACCACUCACUGGGCGUUGCAUCUGUUUCCCCAGCAGCAGAUUAACAAAACACGGCCUUGCACACCACCAUCGCCAUUCUCACAAUUACAGGAGCAGCUGAGAGGAGCGAUCACAGUGAGGCACGCCGCGCUCAAGGCUACGUCUCUGUCUCUGCCCUCUCGUCUCUCUCCUCCCUCUAUUACUCAGCAGCAUGAAGCAAAUAGAAAAGGUGUGACUGAGCAGUCAUCACACCGAAACUCUCCUCCUCUCCCUGUCGACGUGCAGCUGUCCAGGCAUGAAAGUGCAGCAGGUUAGGGAGACACAAGAGUACACAUGAAAGGGCAGUAUUUAACAACAAGGUGGAGGCUAAUACUGUUAUCCACGGGAACAAUUAAUCAGGGUAGUGCUAAAAAGAAACGAUGAAGAAAUAUAGUUCUCGUUCCAGAUUUUCUUUGUCUCCAUUAGUUUAAAGAUGCAUAGCAACAAAGCCUCGCAAAAAGACAAUCGGGGGAAGAUUUCCAGGCUUUCAUCGUGGUGAAUUACCCUCUGUGACAAAAGUUUGCCCUCUAAAUUACAAGCCUUUGGUCUGACGGAAGUUUACAGGACAAAUGAACAGGCAAGUUUUUGUUUUACAUGACAGCACCAAAGUUUUUUAAACAGAGCCUGAAUUAAAGGAUAAAAAACAGCCACACAAAAAAAAGACGAUUUGUAGAAACGUCUAAAGUAGGGAUGGGUGAUAUGGGCUAAAAAAAGAUUAUCCGAUAAGUUCUGGCAAUAAUGAUAAAAGUCCCGAUUAAAAAUAUUAUAAUUCCAAUCUAUAUUUUUGACACAUUUUGUCUUGAGGACACCAGUUGGAAUAGUCAAAUAAGACACUUAACCACAAGUUUCAGUGAGAGGUUAUGGAGAAAACUAAUGACAUUAUUAUUGCAGAGAGUGAACAGCAGCAGAUCCACUGUCUGAUGUCAGGCAGACCUGUUUGUGCUCAUCUAAACCCCAAUCUUGAAGGAAAUCCCUCUGUGGAGCCUCGUUCAGUAACGAGCUGCUCAGAAACAUCUUCUUCAUCACCUUCAGCCAUGUUUAUUUGUUAUUCUGCUCUGUGUGGGCUAUGGCUGUGAGUCCGUUGCUCGCGCUUACGUCAUCAACUUGCAUUUGUUGUAUUCAUCAUGGAGGAUUUUUCUGACGAUAUAUCGUGAACGAUACUUUAUCGCCCAUCCCUACUCUCAAGUAUGUGCUGUUUCUAAUAUAAUUCUCAGAAAUGCAAUUUCACACUUUUUUUUCUCAUGAUAUGUCCUGUAGCAUCAGAAAAAUGUCAUAUGAACAUGUAGACAACAAGAAAAACAUGAUUUUCAUCAGAGUGGGUCUUUAAUGACUUUUGUGUUUGUGAAUUCAUUUUGGAAAAUUUGCUUUAUUUGGUUUAAUUUCUGGUCAUAACUGUCCGAUUCUGUGGUUCUGCUUCUAUUUAUCUUACAGCCCUGUGUGGUUUUAACCGCUUAAUAUAUUAACCGACAACCCGUUUCACUUUUAAACAACUUAAGAUCCACCAAAUAUAGCAUUCGGUUGCGCCACCGCUCUCUCACGCCCAUGAUGAUGUAUCGCCUAGCAACAGAGAAUAACAAAAAAGACCAAUGGUAAUAACUUAAUUGAAACUCUUGACUUUUCAUAAUACGGAGGGAUUGAAUAGCUGUUUCUUCCAGGUGUGUCUGACCGGCUAAACUCGCUCACUUACACAUUGAGACUUAAUGCAGUCGUAAUUUCGUCCACCCCCACCUUGUCUGUCAUCCUGGCUUUUGAACCUGGGGGAGUUUCUGCUCCUGGGGGAGUUUCUGCUCACUCACACACACACACACACACACACACACACACACGCACACACACACACACGCUCCUCUGCUGUGGAAACCCUGCUCAGCCUAAAAGCUUUGUGGUUGCCUAGUUGCCCACCUACUCAUCUGUACCCACUCCGCACUGACGCUUAAGUCUAAAACAGACCUGACAGUAACUGCAUUUUCGUUGGCUGUUGGUACUUGUAGGGUUGUCACCAGGGGCGGCUCAGCGAGGGUUUGACUGGGUUUGAAAGUGUCAGUCUGUCACGGAGCCCACUCACCAAGAGGACACCCUUGCAAGAUCCUGCCCGAGCUUGAUCUGCUGUUUCACAUCCAGUUUUGACGUAGCCUUGGGCCGGGUCUCCUUGACGAGUCAACCUAAGCCGCUCCGGAGAAAGUCAGCGGAAUUAUAUAACAGCAGUAAAUAGGUUUACUGAGAAAGUUAAGGCCUGAAACAAAGUAGUUUGUACAACAAGUCACCCCACCUUGUCUGAGGGCGAAAUUAUUUAUAGCAGCUCUGAAUGGCCGCUGUUAAAUGCAGAGGGGAGAGGCCAAAAUGAUGCGUACAAGCUUUUACAUUAGAUUUAUUUCAUUGUCCAGGAAGGGAAAUCCGCCUUGGGCCGCAGCGCAAAAGAAACACGCAGCUUAGUGGAAUUAGGAAACAUUUAAAACAAACGCAACAGCAGACUGGUUGCCGUAAAUACAAAUAGAGCUGGAUAAAAUACCAUGUGAGGGCGAGUUCAUCCAGGCUCGGGUUUAACUCUGACAGGUUUGAAGUAAAGCUUAAAUAGAUGACUCUCUUUACAGCGGUGUUGUCAGGUGACCAUCGCAGAGAAGAAAGAAGAUCAGCUCAGACAGACCUUCGAGAAACGCCAUAAACAGAAUCUGUACAUUUGUUGACCUGAGUAUUCUUAGUAGUUGAAUUUUUAAAUGAAAUCUACAAAUCAGUUUCUAUUUGUAUUCUAUUUUUUCAUUUUAACGUGUUUACUAAUGGAUACUUGUCAUGGAGCUGCAACUGUGAUCCCUUGAAACUGUAUAUUUUUGCGUAACUGUCUCUACACAAGUGCGAGUAAAAUCAUACGCGUGUAUAUUAAGUCAGUGCAAAGACGCGAUUAGACGCUCCAACGACUCUGGCGAUGCGAAUGACACGAAUUAGGUGAAUCUCAACUUGAGCGGAUAUUCGUGUUGCAGUAACUAGCUGGAAGGUUGCUGGGUGACGUAUGAAAACCAACGGUAUCUAAACUGGAGGACAAACUGAUUGUGUCGGUGUGUGGGAGCCCCGAAUUAUAUGAUCCCUUUUCUUUCAAUCACCAAAACCGGAAUAAAAAGGAACUCGUCUGGAUCAAAGUGAGUGAGGAGGUCGGAUUACCUGGUAAAAUGGAAAAAACUUUAUCUAUCACUUGAUCCUGCCGGUUGAAUUGGCAGGGAUUACCAUUGAAAUUACUGUUGACGCACAAAUGAAGCAAGUAGAUACUAUUCAUUCACGCAAAUAAAGCGAGUAGAUACUAUUCAUUCACGUGUCUAAAAUCACGCGAAUAAAGCGAGUAAGUGAUUUUAUCCACGCUAGGUGUAAGCGCCCCAUAACGCCUGGUUCACACUGGAAGCGCCGCGCGCGGAACGGAAGCGCCGCGCACAGAGUUUCAGAUCGGCGCCCAUGUUAACCUAUGAGACUGUUCACACAGCUCGCGCGCGGCUGCUCCGCUUCUCUCUAUUUUUGGCGCGAGCCGCGCGCGCCGAUGUAAAGCUCAACAGAGCAGAUCGGACCAGACAGGAAGUCAGGAAGGAGAUACGAGAGAAUCCGGUCAAUUUUCAAAAUAAAGUAAAUUUCAAUAAAUUAGAAAAGGAUUUACGGUGUUGCUUGUCGGUCUAUUUUUUACCGAUGAACAAACACACACACACACAAACAAACACACACACACACACGGAGGGAGAGCUGCAGAGAUUCAGUGAUGUUAUUGAGACAGGGGGGGGGACUUUAUUACGAUACAGUCAAUAGCCUCGAGCUAACAAGGCUAUACAUACAACAGAGUCAACAGACUCCCCAAUUUGUUCGUCGUUUACCCCUAUAUAAUAAUUUAAAACAAUACUUGAAGAUGCUGUCAAUAUUUAAUUUAUGUAUGACGAAAAAAAAACGUAAAUAAAUAGUGAUUUACCCAUUUUUAAAGCGCUCGUAAGUGUGGAAAACUGAGGGCAGACGGAAACGGCCGAGCACUACCGGGCUCAGUCGAUGUCUGACUGGCAUGUCAGAGCGCAGCAGGAAGCGCUUCCUGUGUAAACAGCCAAGCACGAGCCGGCGCUGCGCGCGCGCGCGGCGCUUCCGUUCCGCGCGCGACGCUUCCUGUGUGAACCAGGCGUAAGGCUAUCAUAUUAUCAUACUGGUCCAUGCUUUCCGGAGAUAUGUGGACCUGUAAGCAGAGCUGAUUAGGACAGGUGCAUGUUGGUAUCAUGAAGACAACUGAAGUCUGUACUUUAAGUUGAAGUAUACAGCUAUUGAACUCAUGCUUCACCCUCAUGGUAAAGUGGAAAUCUGUGCCGUUUUGUGGAAAUGUACCCUUCACUUGAGAGGACAAUUCCCCACUUCCCCCCAAAAAAACAAUCUGUUGUAAGUGCGAGAGGAAAUGUCAGAGGAUCAUCGCAGUCGGCUGGCUCCUUCUUAAAAGAGCAGCAGAGCGCUGAAUAGUUUUUGAGACAUCUAGUUUGACCGAAGCGGCGGACAGAUGAGGUGCUGCUCGUCUGCUAACAAAGGGGAAGCUUGAAAGAAGUGAAUCAUUUUUUUUGCAUGAAGUGAGUGUGAUUGUUGGAUUGGUUCGGUAGUGUAAUAAAAUUUGUUCGAUCUGGAGUUUUGAAAAGGUGUGAGGGGAAGGGGUUCAGGAGAUCACUCAGUUUGAGGUAUUUGAACUCCCCGAGCGGGGACACUUUUCUGUUAUGAAAGCAAGAGCGAUCUGGUGGUGGUUUUUGUCAGUACGGGUCUUAUAGUCAGAGUUUAUUAGGCUAUAACUCAAGUGGUAAUGUGAGUCUGCAUAUUAAAUACUAGUCCAUUUUAUUAUUUAUUUAUUUUUGAUAUAUUUACCAGUUUCAUUUUCCCUCACUCUCUGUGUUUGUGCUCUCCAUCAGCUCCUGGAGUACGUUGGCAAAGGAAAGAGCAUCAUGGACGUGGGUUUGGCCCAGGCCCGCCAGCCACUCACCACCCGCUGCCACUACUACGAGCUGGAGAUUGUUGAUGCUGGGGAGAAGUGCUACAUCGCUCUGGGCCUGGCAAGAAGGGUGAGCUUUCUAAGAAAAGAAAAGCCUCUGACAACUUAACACACACCUACACUCAAUGGACGACGGGUUUAUUGCAUUUGGCCCUUUCGCCUCAUUUUUCCAAGCUGUCAUAUAACAGGCAGUGUGGCUCAUUGACUUCAAGAAGAGCGGACUGCAGGGUUGGUUAUUCUGCUUUCUUACGGCAGGAAAGUCUGUAGCGUGUGCAAAAUGUUCCUCAGGCCCCGACUAGAAAAGUUGAGAUGUUAAAAAGUUUUACUUUUGAAGCGAACAGGUAGGAACCUCCAUAAACAUGUAAAUCUAAGGAUACUGGGAAAAGAUUGACUCGUAUCUCCACAACGGCCUUAAAGAGUCUUAGCUAGGGCUGGGCGAUAAACCGAAAAUUUAAAGAUACCGAAAUCUACGACAGUAACGACAUCAUUUUGCCCAUGUCAGUAUAGUUGGUGUCAAAUAAAUAAAUGAAUAAAAGUUGGUUUUGGAUGUAUGUAGGUAGGCACAAACACAUGUUGCUGCAACAGAUUGGGUAACGGUGAUCCUUACAACCUUACGAUGGUAAAAUCUACUCGCUUCGUUAGACCAGCAGCUUUCAAACCAUAAACUAUGUGUUUACCCGCAACAUCCUGGAGAAUGUCUUUGUAUUUUCAGAGACUUUACGGAUCCAAUCCCUCAAAAAAUGAAGUAAAUCUGUAAUCAUUUGGCAAUUUAGAGAAAUAGUGUAAUUUCUGUCGUUACCUGAAUUGGCUAAAUAAAGGUGGCCAUCUUUGUUUUGGUGUGAUGACCAAUCAGAGGCCGUAUCUGUGAUCACACAUCGAGUCAGCCUAGGAAUACAAAACAUAGAACUGUUUUGAAUAGAUUCAUUGUGUUCAGCUUCUCAGUUAGAGUUUAUACUCUUCAUAUAGAUGUUACCACGGCUGAAAUCUCUUGGCAGGAGUCACAGUGUCUGCAGAUAUUUAUUUUUUCUUCAAUCAGCUGAUGCUUUUACUUUUGGUUUGGAAGGGCUGGGCGAUAUGGCCUCAAAUCAAUAUCACCAUAUAUUGAUCAAUUCACCUCGAUAACGAUAAAUGGACGAUAACUACUCCACCAGCUGCUCACCCCCUCCCACAUUAACUUGGUCUACUUCAGCCGCUACAACUUUUGAACCGUCCUCCAUCUCCUCACCUGUCUUUCCCUCUUUGUUACAGACUGGAUGGGGUGGAGUCACGUCUCUGACGUAGGACAGCAUCUUAAAGGGACAUGAGACCAUAGCCUACCUACACACAUCUAAAACCAACUUUUAGUUAUUCAUUUGACACCGACUAUACCGGUAUGGGCAAAAUGACGUCAGUUAUUGUCGUAAAUUUCGGUAUCUGUACAUUUUUGUUUUAUCGCCCAGCCCUACUGUUUAGCACAUCUGAUCAAUCGGUCUACCUCUCACUGGUAAGCUGUUACUCCUGUCUCACAAGUCUCUGUGUAAACAGCCUUAAAAAGACCAAGUACUCCCAAGUCAAAGGAGUGGAGCCGUUUCGUUCAGUGGAAAUGAGGCUUUUGUUAAAAAGAGCUUUCUGGAAGCCGGGGUAGUGUAGGCAUAAUCAGCUUUCCUUUCCUUUCCAUUAUCCUGCAUCUAAACCGGUCUCUGUAGAUCUAAUAGCCUACUUUGAGGAGAUGAAACACCUCCAAGAGGAAAAUACAAUUAGAGAAACUUUAACACCUCUCAUUUGAGCCCUUAUUUCUUUUUCCAAAGAAUGCACAUGCGGUUCCCAUUUCUGCAUCAGCACUGCAGCUCUGCAAAUGAACGUUACCACGUUGAACUGCUUUGAAAAAUGAGUCAGAAAAACUCGCUGUCUUCAGGGCAUCAAACGAAAUGAUAGAUGAGGAGGAUGAAGAGUGUAUUUAUCUAUGCACAGGCAGUAUAUGUUACACUACAGAAAAGCUUUGGUACGGCUGUUUUUUGAGUGAAUAUUCAACAGAUUUCAACUUAAAUUAACGUCUGUUGAUGCCUGAUGACGGAUUCUCUCACCCCCAAAACAUUUUCCCCUAAUAUUAUUCUUGUGAGUCAAAAAUAUUCCUUGGACAGUAUGGGGUCAUGAUUUGUGAGUUUUUUAAACGCUGUAGGUUCGGCUUUGAAAGCGUUGUGAAUGUGAAAUAUUAGUGAGUGCCAAAGCCAAGGCCUGUGGAGCGCUGCCAGCACUGUCUCUCCCAGGGUCAAAACUCUGCUCUUUUUAAUAACAAAAAUAAAAGAUGAAACUUGUACAACAUCUUUCAAGGUCUCAGAGGCAGUUUAUAUAACACGGAGGGAACAGAGGGAUGCACAGAGAGAGAAAGAGAGAGAGAGAGAGAGAGCUAUAGAUGCAUACAGACGGGGGAGGAGAAAAAUAUACGAUCACUGUAGGUGUGCACCCCACCUAGAGAUUUUUUUGCUGAGAGUAUGUCACUUUAUGAAUCCGUCAUCAAACUGAUAUUUAAUGUAGAGAGGGGAACAAUGUCAGAAUCUCUCUUUAGAAAAACAGGUCAUGGCGUUUUUAUGUUUAUCACAACAUAAAAAGUUUAAUGAAAACGUUUUUGCGGCUCUGAGUGGACAGUGAAUCUGAAAAGUGAGACGCUCAGGCUAACACAGUUAGCUUGAGUUGCUAAGUGUGUUUAAUUAUAAACACUAUAAUGAAAGUAUAAUGAAAGUGUUGGUUAUUGGGAAUCAAUACUGAGGCUCCAGAGGGUUUACUAACCACAGAAAUAUUUGUAGGACCUAAACUUUAACAGAUCUUCUGAACUGGAUGGAGUUUUUUUCUUUGGAUCUCAUCCUGUAUAUUUAUCUAUUUUUAGUGUGUCAUCACCUUUUUAUUUCCUGACAGGAAUAAACCACCGUGUUCCCAAAAGAUAGAUUGAAAAGAUGUCGAAGCAACCACAGUUUCAGAGUUAUCCUUCUGUUCUCACCACAUACAAAAAAAAAAAAAAGUCUUUGUUGAUAUUGUGAGAGAUUGACAGCACGGUCACAUCCUAAAUCAUGUGUUUGUUUAUCGUUUAAAUCCUCACCACAGCCUCUGGGUUCAAAAGGUAUCUUUUGGAGUUUAGGUGCAGUUUAGCUCCAAAGCUUUAAAGAUCAAGUUUACUGUGUGUUGCUUUUGUUUACAGCACAGCCAACAAUGCUAACAGAUUCUAGGUUGGUGUCGUACUUCAGUGGUGUUAGUAGGUUAGUCGAUUAACGCUAAACUUCAUCCUUUCAGUGGGUGAACAUACGAGCGUUUCUCAGUUGGCGUUUUGAUCUGAUGGUUUAUAAGAACAUCUGAUUCAAGUUUUUCUGCUGCGUAACCUUGAAAGUAUGUUGAUGAUUUCUUUUAACUCGACCAGUCUUUGAACGCUGCCAAAGCUCACGCUGUGUUCUGUUUGGUGUUUGUUUUGUGUGUCUUCUUCAGUUUAUUAAACGCUUUUUUCAUCAUAUGAGCUGUCUAGUAAGUUAUUAACCACAAAACCGAAAUUUAGCGCUUUUUGAAAGAGACUUAUUGUGCUGAGCCACAUUUUAAUACAUAUAAUGCUUGAAUUUUUGUCGUUCAUGCUGAACCAAGGCUGAGUUUGCCACAACCUGAUAUCAGCUGAUGAUGAUGUCCUAUUAAAACCACCUGGAAAAUCAGAUUCACCGCUCAGCUUCUGAACUUCGUGGUUUGAUAUAUCUCCAAAUUUGCUCACAGGGAAGUUUUUAUAUUUCUGGGACAAUAAUGUAGUUAUUUAAUUCCCCCUCUUCAUGAUUCCUUUGUAUCUCAGGUUGUUUUGAGACUAUAAAGCUGUGUGAAAAGUAACACCAACAAGCUUCGUCCAACUAUAUCACUGGAACAAAGCUGCAAAUUCAUGUAAAAUGUCCUUUCUGUGUCCCAUAUUGACAAAAUAAAAGGUGACAAGGAGAAUAAUAGGUCUCCUUAAAGGAACAUUGACAAUAUUAAAAUAUCAAAAUCAAGCAGACAUAAGCUAAAGCAGAAGCUGCACUUCGAUGUCUGCCUUUUGGUUGUAGGGUCACAUUUUGGCGAUUUGUACUCCAUAUACGCCGAGUUUCCAGUCCGAGCCUGCAGAAACAGGAGUCGUUAAUAGUACCCCCAGUGAAAUCAAAAACCAGAACACUUGAUAUCAGAAUCAGAUUUCUCUGUAUGGGUGCGUGAUCUGCUCAAAUAAAAUAACAACACUCCGAUGUGUGCUCACAUGCCCUCAGUUAAAUGGAUGCAGACGCUGCUCCCACGGGUGAGGAAGAAGCUGAGUGGUGAUAACUCCUGUCCCAUUACCUCCUCAGAGUUCUCGUCUCCUUUCCUCUCGCAUCACUACAUUUCUCCCUGCAUCUGGAUUUCAUUACAAAGACAUUAAGUUAGAGUCCAGAAGAGGUGAUAAAGCAGCAAAUUGAAGGGCUUGGAUAAUGACUGUUUACUCAACAGCAGUCACAAGUUUGUGAGCUGUUUUUUUCAUUAAUGCCCCCCAGACUGCCAGAUUCAGCCCGUCUGUCUCUCCCUCUGUUUCACUCGCUCUCCUCUUUGUUGUUGUUUAUGACUUCUGGCUCAACUUUGAGCCCAGUUUUCCUCGCUUCACAGAUCCUCUCCCUGCCAACUCACUCUCUCUUCCCAAUAUAACAAACUCAGGAGAUGUCACCUCUCAGAGAAAACCAUUAGAUAUGAGGUAUGACUCUUGUGAUGACUUUAUUUGUCAGGUAUUCAUCAAAGUAUUAGACGUAUUGCUUAAGAAUUUAGCGCUGACAUUCAUGGUCGUCAGAUGACCGAGCUCACUUUGGUUUAGGAUUGUGAGGGUAAGAAAACUUUCCUACAGUUAAUAAAGUUUAAAAACACUUCUGCUGUGGACUGCACAGGGCACUUAAAACGCUUCCACUCACAUCUUAUCUAAGGAGUCUGUCUGAUAUGUUUACCUACUAAACUUCCUUCCUCACCCUAUCCCUGUGAAUUAAUCCGACACGCUACUUUACAUUUUUUUUAUUUUGUAAGUUAUUUUUUUAAUGACAGGACAGCUGAGAUAGUUAAGAAAUGUGAGGAAAAGAGGGGCUAAACAUGUCAAAAACCGCGAAUGCCCGGCUAUCUGCGUGCCCCAUACUUUACAAACUUUACUUUCUUCUGUGCCAUAAUCAAUUUUUUAUAUUUUUAAAGUUAUGUUCUUUGCACGUCACUGUCCCUGUGACAGAAGUGAUGAGAUUGAUGAUGAUUCUACUUUGGCAUGCUGUAACCGUCUGGUGUAAGUUGCUUAAGUGUAGGUUUGGGCAAUUUGGCCAAAAAAUGAUCACGAUAUACUUUGUCAUAUUGUAUGAUCUUGAUUAUUGUCGCCAUGUUUUUUAACUGCCAGUUUUUACACACCUGUACUAAAAACUAAAGAAACUAGAUAUUUGUUCAACAUUUUAUUAACAUACAAAGUAAAUAACAAAGCUAAUUGAAUAAGAUAAACUUAGAAAAAUAUAAAAACUGUUUUAACUCAACAGUACAAGAAAGGUAGAAUACUAAAUACUUAAUAAUACAGUGAACUAGUUUACAGUCCUGAGUGUUUGUACCUGCAAGACCCAAAAUAAACAAAUCGCCCCCUCAGGGAUAAUGAAGACGCCUUAAAAUGUAAAUAUUAGAUGAUGGAAACGUAGAUGAUACUAUUGAUCGCUGAUUUGGUCUGGUAGCUGCACCACUAGUUGUGGCUAAACUGCUAAUGCUACUUGUGAACUGAAAUUUAUCACGAUCAUUAGUUACAAUCAUAUAAUCGCCCAGUCCUACUUCAGUGUUCCUAUUGUCAAACAAGCUUUUAUUUUGAAAUGAACUAUACACUACUUCCAGUUGCACUGAAUGAAAACGGCUAAAAAACAGUUAGAAAGUAUAAAUGUUAAAGUUAUUGGGACUUUUAAAGAGACACAAACACUUUUGUUGUUUCUGUUCUAGCCAGCUAGCUACUUCUUCUUCCUCUUCUUCUUCUGUUUGUUUUGUUGCGGGUGGCAACCGGUGUAAAGAACCAUGACUGUCUGACUGUAUACCUAGCACAGUAUCAGUACCGUUGAUACCAGCCUAGACUUCGAUCCAAACAUCUUUGAACCGGGCUGUAAAUACAUAUAUUCCUGUUGAAAAAAUGAACGUUAAAUGCGGCGGUCUCUUGGCUUUUAGAGACGUUUUCCGGUGGUCACUAAAGGUACUGCAGUUUGUGGCAUCAGCUUCAUAUUGUAUGUUACCAAUUAAAAGUUGCUGCUUGUUUUAAAUGAGCAGGAACUUUGAGCUGAACCAGGUCAACAUGAGACUCCAGGGUAGACAGGGUACAUUAAGUAUACGAUAGAUUUACUAAAACAGAGGCAGAAGUUUAAUAUUUCCAUGACUCUUAUGUAAUAUUAUAAAUCAGAACCUUUUCCUGGCCUCAGUUGCACUCUGUUUGGUUUUAGAUACCAAACAUCAUCGUAAAUACUUGCUAACACCAUCUUUGUUUACGUGUCUAAUGUUGUCCUUCCUAAAUAAGAUCAAAUUGAGUGUCAAUGAAAGCAUGCUGACUCUAGAACUUGGCCUCAAGCGCCUUCCCACAUGUUGCCUCCGAUGGUGUUAAUUGCAAAACCAAAGAUUGUCCUAUUUUACUGCGCUUUGUUUGUGCUUCGUCGAAAUCCCAAAGCGUGGUUGCCAAGUGGAGCAAAAGUUGAGGUUAAACGUGUUAGAAUCAAAUUAGCUGGUUUGAAAAAGGCGGAAGAACUUUUUUCUUUUUAAUCCCCAAAGCCACAGUUGCCAGUUUCCUGUCCAAGAGGGAAGUCGGAGGAAUUCCUGCAAUGUGAUAAGUGUGAAUGCUUUGUGUGGAAGGUAAAUGAGUUGUUUUUAUGGGUUUGUAAUCUCUGAUCUGUUUUGACCCCACUGCAAUUCUCAGACCUGGCAUGACCUGCCGCUUCCUCCUUCAUUCCUGCGUAAAGAUAAGAGUCCAUGAAUGUACAGCAUGCAUACGCUUGGUAGCACGGUUGUUUCUUAUCCGGUACACACAGCAGUUGCUAUGCUGGGGGACAAAGAGAGAUUAAGGCUGAGUUAUGAGGUGGAGGAGUGGGCAGGAGAGGGGGGGAAGGUUAAAAGUUAGGAGCUAAAAAAUAAAGGGAAGCUUUACGGAGGAUAAAAACACGGAUAAAAAUCAAGAAAACGAACAAAUUCUGAAAAAAACUAGAAGGAGGAUAUGAAAGGAAAGACCAAGGGGAUGAACGGGGUGUUGGAUAAAGAUGGAAAGGUGUCAGUUUUCACUCUUUACAAUACAUAUAACAUCAGCGAAACCUUUCCAUAAAUGUGCCAUUAAUUUACCGUAAAUUUACUGCAAUUACUGUAAAUUUACAGUUAUUAACGGCAAAGUAUAAGUAGGUUUGAGAGGAUGAAUUGGUAAUCUACUGUCAAUUAUCCUUGUAAAAUAGUACUGUAAAAUGCUUGUUAAUUUACUGUAAAUUUACCAUAACUUACGGUAACUAACACUAAAUCACAGUAAAUGACUGUAAAAUACUGGGAGAAGGAAAUAAAAGGGAAGAACAAGACCGCGGAGACGGAUGGGUUGUUGGAAUAGAGAUGUAGAGGUGUCAGUUUUCACUUUUUACAAUAUAUAUAACAUCACUGAAACCUUUACAUAAACGCGCUGUUAAUUUGCCGUUAAUUUACCUUAAAUUUACUGUAAAUUUACUGUAAAUUACCGUUAAUUUACCGUAAUUGACUGCAAAGCAUUACUAAGUUAGAGGAGCUAUUUUUUUCACCAAAUGAUAAUCUACAGUCAAUUAUCCUGAUGUAAUAUUACUAUAAAAUGGUGGUUUAUUCAUUGUAAAUUUACGAUAACUUACUGUAAUUACCACCAAAUCACAGUAAAUGACUGUAAAAUACUGGGGGAAGUGUAACAACAUGUUCAGAUUCAGUUUUCUUUAGCAGUGGUAGUGGAUGUGCUGGGAUGCUGAGCUGCACAGCUGGAAACAAAGUUAUAUUUGUGACUCUACAGUUUUGAUUUUGUGGUCUGUAGUUUUGGGGUUGUGUCUGUGCUUUAAACUGGUACACUGGUUGAUUCCCAAUACCCUGUUUUAGACAGUAUCAGGGUCCAUUUUCGUAUCGGAUCAGAACUAAAAGUACAGCUCUGCGGUUCAUCACUGUAUGAAUCAAACUAAUGGUUUUCACAGCUCACCUUUUAUGACUGUACUGACUCUCUGUCCGUGUACAUGAAGUGCAGUCAUGAAGUCACACAUGGACAAACAGUAUGUACUCUCACACUCAAGGAAUAAAACCGCUCAGGAGACCCGGAGGCAGCGUUUCCUCUGUCCUGGUUUGCUCCGGGUCCGCAGCUUUCUUCCUCUUCCUCUUCCUCUCCUCUGAUGCAGCAGUCCUACUAACCAUAUUUAACUGCUGCUUCCGUCAAACUGUUUAUUCUAAAAGGGUCUUUCAGGCUAAAACAAAAGGCAAGGUCACUGUGCCACUGGAAGCUGAGGAACAUGGAGAACAUCCAGCACAUCAACAAUGUACAAGGUGUUCCUUCAUGUAAUGGUUUUCAUCCGUGGGAGGCAGCUUUAUUCACGGAAAAAGCUCUAAAAAAAGGGCUAAAUUAGCACUCAGCAAUGAACAGCAGACUGACACAGCCUGGAUCCAAACGUCCAGGGUUGGUGUUUUUGAACAUCUCCGCAGUAAUGGGGGCGACGCUGCAGGAUCCGAGCAGCAUUUAGAUUAUAGGUUAUAAUAACUUUCUUACUUUGCAGAAAGAAAAACACAUGACAUCUGAUCAUCGUGAUAAUUGUGGUUGAAGUCUGAAAAAGUCACAGACCGGUGUAAUCCAGACAUCUGGAUUUGAACACAGAGACCUCAAAAGAGAUCUGCCGCAGACGACUGAUGACGUUACGCUAUCUUGACCUCAUACAAGAAACCCGGACGCCAACAGCCAGUUUCAGGAUUCCCAUUUUAAAGCCUCACGUAUGACAUUUACGAGAACUGACCAUAUUUGGAUGACAGGGUUGCAAGUGCCUGACUCCGUCCCAGGUUGCAGGUCUCCCUGGCAUCCAACCUUCACUCACACUCUAUUUAAAACUCCGCCGCGAUGCCAACUUUACUCGUCACUCUUGCGGGACCGUACUCUGCCAAACUUGCGUAACGCCUCUGCGGAGGAAGACUGGAAACAGGCUAUUGAAGCCGUUUGGUCACUUGGACAGUUUUUCCAGAGGUAUUAAAAACUGGACGUCUUCCUUCCUUCCAGUAGAGGCGUUGCCCCAGUCCGCCAAUCUUAAAACUGCAGGUAUAAGGCACCGAAAAGAGCGUUUAUUUCAGUUCCAGGUGUUAAUAUCAUAAUAUCAUUGAGUAAUCUGUGUUCAUACUGCUCACAGUCAGAGCUAAAGGUGUGUCACGGCACCGCUGAGGUUGAAGUGUACACACUCCGUCAACUUUUCCACCACUCCGUAACAAAAACAGAACAAACCUAUUAAUAUUAGUUUAAUAUGUUUGUUUCAGGCUCGCACUUGCAUCCAUUAGGAGCGAUGAACAUGUCCCAACACAGGCUGUUGUUCCCGCUAACUCCGCUCAGAUCAUCAGCUAAUGUCAGAGGGUUGCAGAUAUCGCGUGGGGAGCUGGAGGUUUUAGCCCGUUGACAUGAGGUUAAACAAACAAACCUGCAUUAGUUCACUACUCUGUCUGUGCCCAACCCGUAUAGGUGAGGUUGUGUGGGCACGUACGAACAGAAACACACGACUUUCCAUCUUCAACUGCACUUUCAAAACACACCCAUACGCUCACAUCUGUGGUAAAUCAUGACUUUAGCAGUGAUAUUUUUAGACAGCUCUGAGAUAUCCCAGAGUGAUACCUGCUGGAGAUGAUGCUUAUCUGCUUCCACAUGGUUCCCCCGCUCUGCCCGCACCUUCUGACUUGUUUACUCUGCCACCGUGUGGAAAUGCAGGCUGCUCUGAUGACACCAGAGUAGCAGCUGAGGAUCAGAUCUCGCAGGUCUUUGCCCCCCUCAUGCUGCGGACACAAACGUCUGUGUUUAUUGUUCUCGAAGCAGCUUGUAUCUACACUUACGGUGACCACGCUUUAAAGGUUUACAUUACAGGAAAGUGGACCGGCUGCUUAUCGUGGCGUCCCCCCUUCUCAACGCAUUCCUUCGUAUGUUGAUAGAGAAGGAAUGGAUGUAUGAUUUAGCGGCGCCACAGCCGAUUGGAAAACAAAAAUCACAGCAUUAAAUGUUGUAAUUUCCCGACCACAAAAGGUUUCAGUGUUUCCUUUAUGAAAGAGAAAGCCAAGUCCUACAAAACAAUACAAUAUUAUCUGUUUGACAGGAUCUAGAUACGGGUUCUAACUGAGUGAAGAAAACAUAAUAACACCGAGAAGAGUCAGAAGAUCAGAAUCUUAUUUUUGCACCCUCAAACUGUUUUUUCAGGUACUUGAAUAUCCUGUGUAAAGAUGUCUUGCCCCUACUCGCCGCAGCGAAUGAUUUCAUAACGGUGUUUUUGUGAUGCUAUUUCUUGUGGAUACACGGCGUGCUCACAUUUUAAACUUUCACGGCUGGAGUUUGUCAAAUAGUUUAUAGAAAGGUUAAGAUGUCACACCUGCAAUAAGAUAAUAAAACCUCACAGACAUGCCCACAGUACAAUAUUCAGACAGUUUCACUGAUUGUUUAAGAGCUCUGGAUACCUCCUGAAGUCCACCGAUCAGCAAAGAUAGAGCUGCUUACAGUGUCAGACUGAAGUUAAGCUGUGAUGAGAACUUGCUCUGGAGCUCCAGCGUUUUUACUAACCAUCUGAAUCCUUCGUUGUCAACCGCACGCCUCUAGAUCUAGAUGUAACAUCUCGUGGUUUCUUAAGCUCGCCCUCUGGGAAAAAGAAGUCGUAAACUUUUGAGCAGACGGGAUCUUUUUCUGCUCAUCCUCUCCAAGUGGCUUCUGAUGCUUCCCCCAGUGUGUAGAUUGUAGGGCUGGGCGAUAAACCGAAAAAUGUCAAUAUAUUUGGUGUAAAAAAAAAUCAAUAAAUCAAAGUUGGUUUUGGAUGUGUGUAGGUAGGCUAUGGUCUCAUGUCCCUUUAAGACGCUGUCCUACGUCAGAGACGUGACUCCACCCCAUCCAGUCUGUAACAAAGAGGGAAAGACAGGAGAGGAGAUGGAGGACGGAGAGAAAGUUGGAGCGGCUGAAGUAGACGAAGUUAAUAUGGGAGGGGCUGGGGGUGAGCAGCUUGUGGAGUAGUUAGGUGAACUGUUCAACAUAUCGUGAUUUUGAUUUAAGGCCAUAUCGCCCAGCCCUCUAUACGUAACAUCUCAUGAUCUCGUAAGGAGAUGUAAACUCUUUGUUUUAAGUCUUUUGAGCAGAUCUUCUCCAAGUGGCUGCUGAUGCUCCCCUCAGUGUGUAGAUCAGUUUGUUUUCUGUCACCUCUUUGUCCUCUUUAGCCAAUGACGCUGUUGUCCACAGUAAGCUAAGCUCUUGUUUUUGCUGUCUUAACCUUGGGCCAAAACUGAGUGUCCUUGUUGAGCGUUCCCCGUCUAUAUAAAGAUAGAAACACUCGUCGUUCAUCCAGAAUAAUUCUCUAACUUUUGGUAUCGCAGAAAGCAGUAAGUUUUUUCCAGGAUGGAGCAGCCGCAGUCGCUCACUGAGGAGAUGUUUUGAGUUAGAGAUGAUGGACACAACAAUUACGAAGAAGACAGCUAUGAAAACAGGCAUUUAACAGUUGAUCCAUUUAUCAGACACAAGUCUGCGGUUUACAUUAAAGCUCUGCAAAUCCGCUCAUUAUUUUUGUAGCCAUUCCUAAUGUUCAUCCUCAAAAUGUCUGAUCAGAACGGUGCCUGUGGGUCAUCAAUCAGGGAGCGAAACGCUCAGACGAUCCCGUCCUCCUCGUGGAGAUGCUGCCCACAUGCCAGUCAGCCAGAGGAAUCCUCGGGUUGUGGUCGAGACGAGGGGGGAAGAGGAGCAGACUUGGCGGAUCAAGGGGUUUUCAGGCUUGGAGCAGUAGCUGCAUUCCUCCAUGUCUCUCUGUCUUCCUCUGCUGAUGUCUCACUCUAUCCUUAUCCCUCUCUCCCUCUUGAUUUUUCCCCAUCUAUCUCCAUUUCCUGUUCCUGGAGCCCUGAUGGGGUUGUCAGACAGGGUUGAGGAUGUAUCCCUCAUGUCCUGUCCUCAGAUGCUGCUCUCUUUCUGCGUCUGUCUCUCCACAGCGUCCUUAUCCCUAAUUUUUCCGAUCCAUUCUGGUGUUAACAGCAAAAAUAACUUUGGUGCUAAUCUGUUUUUGAGGAACAUGUUGGCUCUUUAGUUUUUGCAUCACUCACCGCUGUUUCUCUUGACUGGGAUUUGCUGAAGGCUGCCCAGUUUUUUUCCUCGUCUUAGACGUCGGUCUGCUCGUACUUUACAGCGUUAACUUUGCAAACAAAAAAAGUGAGGAUGAGUGUUUGUCAACAACUUUUUCUCAGACGGAAAUAUCAUUUUUAGGCAGACGUAAAUGACAAAAGCCUAAUACAGUCCUCUCUGUCUCCAUCCUGAUAUAUGUCUGUGAUAAAGACACAACCAGCUACAGGGUUAAAUUUGAUGUUUCCCAUCGUUUUGCCGCCGUAAUCAUUAACGACUCCGUGCUAAAACCCAGAUUUUUCCAAAUGCAGCUCAGAGAGCAGUAAUCUGAGUGUCUGUCCAGGAGACUAGACCCCCAUUCCCCCAAAAGAAGAAGACUGUUUGUCUCCUCACUACCCAAAAAGUUCAGGAUUUUUCUUCUCAUCUUCAAACAUUUUGGAGAGCUGUACUCCCUGACAUGUAGGUCACUGCAUCUCUUUAGACCCGAGGCAGCGAUCAGAGGGCAAAGGAUGAUGGGAACUCACAGGACAGUGAUCUCUGUAUCUCAUGUCCUCGUUCAUGCUGAACAAAUCUGCUCUUUUUACCCCAAAGACCUCUGUGUCAUUGCUUCAUACGUCAUAGCUCCAUGAUUGUAUUGCGACACGCUCGUUCUUGUGAUAUCCUGAAAUUGAUGAUACCACCAGUUUAGCUCCGUCUUAUGCAAAGGUGGGAAGUCCCUGUUGCAAAAGCAAGUGUUUGUUAUUUAAGCUGCUGGUGCAUGAGGUUUGUUUUCACCCCGCCUGAAACCUCGUUUCUUUACUGCAUGAUCUAUUUUGGUGAAGCCGUUACAGAACCUUGAUGUGUCGAUUAUUAUGAUAUUGGUGAGUUGCCUCAUCCGUUUUAAACCCCAACAGAGACAAGUACAAGAGAUAUAACCCUGAGGAGACACAAUAGGAGCGAAAUAUCAUUAACCUCCUCCUCCUCCUCGUCUUUAUAGUCUGUCGUUCAGUGUGUUUGUACAUUAGUGGAGGUGCAGCUCAGAUCAAAUCUGUGGUAAUUAUAUCUGAGUCAUCCCCUGAUCUUAUCCCAGAGUUGGCCCACUGGUUAUUUCUGUUGGCAUGGUGCGACCCGGAGAAAGAUUCACACACUGUACAUGCAGACAGUUGAAGAGAAAACACAUCUUCACCUUUGAUACUGACAGAUCUCCAAAACACCGUCAGUCAAGGAUUACAGUAACCCGCUUUAGAGCUGUGGUCGUCAAAACACGACUGACAAGGAGGACACACUUCUAGCCUACUACUGGAUCUUCUUCUUCCUCUACUUCUACUACAUCUUCUACUUCUUCUUCCUCUUCUUCUUCCACUUCUGCUUCUUCUACUUCUACUAAUACUUCUUCUUCUGCUUCUUAUACUUCUUCUUCUUCCUUUUCUAUAUUUUCUACUUCAUCUUUUUCUACUUCUUCUUCUGCCUCUUCUGCUUUUACUUCUUCGAGUUCUUCUACUUUCUCUUUCACUUCUUCCGUCUUCUGCUCUAUUUUUUUCUGCUUCUUCUACUACAUUUCCUUCUACUUCUUCUACCUCUACUUCUUCUUCUUCCACUACUACUUCUUCUACUUCUUCUCUUCUCCAUAUUCUUAUUUUUUUUUACUUCUUCCUCUUCUACUUCUUUUACUUCUACUUCUUCUACAUCAUCUACUGCUUCUUCUUCUUCUUCUUUUUCUUCUUCUUCUUCUUCUGCUUCUUCUUCUUUUUCUUCUUCUUCUUCUGCUUCUUCUUCUUCUUCUGAGUUUAGAGCUGGUUGAUAAUAUCUCUUCAUGUCAGAGCUGUGGAAUUAUCAAAACUUAAAAUUAAAAAAGCUUUUCAAUCAUUCUCAACAUCACCAGAUAAUAAGUUCAUUCAUUGAUAGAUGACCUGACUCACUUACACACUAUUAGUACUAAUGUUUAUUUACUCAGGGCAGCGGUGUGGCUGCGUUCUCAUUCUUCCAGAGAGAAAACAAUGUUAGAUGUACGGUUUGAGGACAUCUUAAGAUUUGUGGAUUUUUAUCCUUCCAUUUGUUAAAAAAGUUAAAAACUAUUUGGAGGAUCUGUCGGCUUUGAAUCAGUAAUUUGAGUUUAUUUACACAGUUUUAUGAUUUUUUGGCCCAUCACUGGCAGUAUCUGGUUUAACGUGACCGUUCGUGUCUCUGCAGGACUACCCCAAGAACAGACACCCUGGAUGGAGCCGAGGAUCAGUAGCGUACCACGCAGGUAAGAUCUCAGACCCUCUCUUUCUCCAAACCUGGUUUCUGAUUGGGUCGACGACGUUUUGUCUCAGGACCUUUAAAUAUAAAGUGGAUUUUAGUGUCUCACCCUAAACGGGAGAAAAUAAAGCCACUCUGGAUCUUUAGCAGCAGAGACGCCCUGAUCUGUUCCUGCGGUUUUAGCUAGGUGUUUUCCCAAUGAGAUGUACACUCACCGGCCACUUUAUUAGGUACACCAUGCUAGUAACGGGUUGGACCCCCUUUUGCCUUCAGAACUGCCUCAAUUCUUCGUGGCAUAGAUUCAACAAGGUGCUGGAAGCAUUCCUCAGAGAGCUUGGUCCAUAUUGACAUGAUGGCAUCACACAGUUGCCGCAGAUUUGUCAGCUGCACAUCCAUGAUGCGAAUCUCCCGUUCCACCACAUCCCAAAGAUGCUCUAUUGGAUUGAGAUCUGGUGACUGUGGAGGCCAUUUGAGUACAGUGAACUCAUUGUCAUGUUCAAGAAACCAGUCUGAGAUGAUUCCAGCUUUAUGACAUGGCGCAUUAUCCUGCUGAAAGUAGCCAUCAGAAGUUGGGUACAUUGUGGUCAUAAAGGGAUGGACAUGGUCAGCAACAAUACUCAGGUAGGCUGUGGCGUUGCAACGAUGCUCAAUUGGUACCAAGGGGCCCAAAGAGUGCCAAGACAAUAUUCCCCACACCAUGACACCACCACCACCAGCCUGAACCGUUGAUACAAGGCAGGAUGGAUCCAUGCUUUCAUGUUGUUGACGCCAAAUUCUGACCCUACCAUCCGAAUGUCGCAGCAGAAAUCGAGACUCAUCAGACCAGGCAACGUUUUUCCAAUCUUCUAUUGUCCAAUUUCGAUGAGCUUGUGCAAAUUGUAGCCUCAGUUUCCUGUUCUUAGCUGAAAGGAGUGGCACCCGGUGUGGUCUUCUGCUGCUGUAGCCCAUCUGCCUCAAAGUUCGACGUACUGUGCGUUCAGAGAUGCUCUUCUGCCUACCUUGGUUGUAACGGGUGGUUAUUUGAGUCACUGUUGCCUUUCUAUCAGCUCGAACCAGUCUGGCCAUUCUCCUCUGACCUCUGGCAUCAACAAGGCAUUUCCGCCCACAGAACUGCCGCUCACUGGAUAUUUUUUCUUUUUCGGACCAUUCUCUGUAAACCCUAGAGAUGGUUGUGCGUGAAAAUCCCAGUAGAUCAGCAGUUUCUGAAAUACUCAGACCAGCCCUUCUGGCACCAACAACCAUGCCACGUUCAAAGUCACUCAAAUCACCUUUCUUCCCCAUACUGAUGCUCGGUUUGAACUGCAGGAGAUUGUCUUGACCAUGUCUACAUGCCUAAAUACACUAAGUUGCCGCCAUGUGAUUGGCUGAUUAGAAAUUAAGUGUUCACUAGCAGUUGGACAGGUGUACCUAAUAAAGUGGCGGGUGAGUGUAUAUUUAUAUAUUUAUUUAUAUAUGUGGAAGCAUUGUUGUCCUCGAGGGGUCACUCCCGAAGAAAGAUGACUUUAAUAUCAGUCAGAUGAAGCUCAAACCAUCAGAUCCUCUCAGAUUCAUUUUUAAUUCAUGGAAAAAAAAACCUUUUUAAAGUUGAAAAUAUGAACAACAGCAGAGAAACUUCAAAACUGAGAUCACUUUAAGUUCUGCACCUCAUGUUUUUGUAAUAUUAACAAUCUAAUCCCAUGUUUUAUAAUCUGAGAAGAUCAUACAGACCAAAAGAACGUAUUUCAAAUCCCUCACAAAGACAGCUUCUGUUUUUAUCAGCGGUUUUCUGUCUUUCAGUGGGCGUUCAGAGAAUUUCAACACAUCGCAUAAUCUUACUUUCUGUGGUGUUUUAUUUCUUAGAAAGAAAGUUGUUUAUUUACUCUGUAAGUUUGGAAUUCCCUUUGAAUGUAAUAAAAAAAGAUCUGAUCCACUUCCAGCGAAGCGUCUCCGCUGCCUGUUCGACGGAAACAUCAGAGUCUCUGCAGGAUGUUCAGGUGGCGGGCGCAAACAGAGAUAAAAAAGACAGUGACAGCAUCAGAAAGAGGAGAAGGAUCAGAUCAUCUUCUUCUUUUUCCGUGGGAGUUUGAUUAUCUCCCUGAAACAUAAGACACAAAAACCUGAGUUUAGAUUUCUUUAUCUCGCUGUGGGUCCACCGUCUCACACGUUUGUUUGUGACGACAGGCCUGCGAACAUUAUCCAUGCAGGCAUCUACAAAAGCUCCCUGUGCAGGCCUCAGCCCCCUCCUCACUAUCAGUGCGAAGAGAUUAGCCAUCAACCUCUGCUGCCGCGAUCGGAGGAUGGCGGCGGUGAGGUAGGUGGUAGGAGCUUCAGUAGGUAGCCGGCUCUUAAUCGGAGAAUCGGCUGUCACAGUCGAGAUCUUGUUAGUCUUAUCAGAUGUUUUUUAUUUUGGUCUGAAGCAUCCCAUUGUUGAAGGAUAACAGCUGCUCUCACUCCCCUAAUUCACACGCCACAAAUGUUGCUUUCCGUCGCAUGUUUUCCCCGAAAUAAAAGUGUUUGAUUUUAUUUUUAGCCCGAGAUUUUGUUCGCCUUCCUGGAGCUGACCUCCAGAUCUUUUUAAAAACACACUUUUUCUUGUUCACUCUGCACAUUCCUCCCGUGUUUCUGAGCGAUGUUUACACUCCUGGAUCUCCGUAUCCUUUAGCGGAUUCCAUUUAUACUUGGGAUACUUCAAUAAUAAGAAGAACAGUCGAUGCCGUACGUCCUGCCGGGGCUUGUGGAUGAUACCUCGCCGCUGAGUGACGGACGGGGCCACUCAUUCACAGGGGCUCACCAUGCCAGUCCCAGAGGUCUCGCGCUGCGGUCCGCCUGGCUUGGCCGCUGUGCGUCGGACACCACAGAAAUGUGCACGCCCCAGCACAGCUCCCAUUAAUCUUAUUUGUUAGAGACUAAAAUGAUGUAUGCGGUUUUCCAUGCUGUGCAUAUGAGGUCUGCCUUCCCAUGCUCGGGUUAAGGUGCCGGCUCUGAUCCAGCUACUUAAAAUCAACAGCCGGGGCCUCUUCUUCACGUCUCCCCCUCCAUCCUUCACGCAGAUUUUCACAGAGCAGUUCAGGAACCUCAAGAAUUUCAUGCAGCAAUCAUUGGCAGAGUGACAGAAACUUAAUGUAUAGACAGUAUCGUAUACCCCGGGUCAUACGACCACAGCAGAAAUCACUCAAAGAAGGACUGACUUUGGUUUUCUCGCCAAGGCUGCUGCGAAAAAGGUGUUUUUUGUGUCACACGGUCGCUCCGUUGAUUAACUUUUACGGUCACUUUUCGUCUUUGACCUCAAGUUUCUUCCAGAGCUCGUCCGCCAGAUUAUUCUUGGCAGAUCUCCGCAUCAUAUGGACUGUUUGAACUCAUUGUUGCAGUUUUAUUAAGCCGUCCUCCGCCGCCGCUCUCCGGGUGUUUGUAAGGUUUUUAUCCUGAGCUUCAAAGAAAACAGUGGCUGCAGAUUUAUAUUUCGCAGCCUGGAGGUAAAUACAUAAAUUACAUAAUGACCCGACGCAGCAUUCCUUUGUCUUUAUUUCUAUUAUGACUAUACAGUAUGACCACCGAGCUCCCUCUCUGUCACUCUGAUUUAUGGUGCGUUAUAUUGGGCACGCGACCAGUGUUGACCUAGAUCACAUGUUAUAUGAGUUAUAAACUGUAGAGGUUGUGAUUUUACUCCAGAUAUGUUCCAGUUAUACACACAGCCGGCUGCCAACCCUAUCGCUGCUCCUUUGUAUAGCUUGUAUAGUUUGAGAGUUCUUUGGCCGGCGCUGGUGUUACCGCGAGUGUUUGUGUUGGGAGCCGGCCCGGCGUGGACCUCCAUCCUGUGUGUUGGCUCGGCCCAGCUUUGCGAGUUAAUGGGCCGUGGGGCACUGGCGGCCCCCCUGUUGGGCCCCUGUGGGUCCUAUCAGAAGCAACCAGCCAUCCAACCAGUGAGUGCUCCUCCGUAAGGCUCAUUAACGCCGUCACCCCGCCGUUCCCCCCCUAUCAGCGACGCACACGUGCGAUGACUCAACACCCGCAGCUCGAGGUCGCCGCCAUCCACCAACUGGAGAUAAUAGACCUUCAAUCUGACUUCUGGGUCUAAUCUGAUCCCAGCUCAGGUUUUACUGAAAACAAUAAUCCGUCUUACCUAACGGGACAAGAAUGGGUGACGAGUUUUACAAAGAGAUCCUGAUAUGAGGAUUCUCACCAUCUGGUCUGAGCUGGCGUGUCGCGAUCAUCACCGCUAGUACUCUGCGCCAUGACAGGGGUUUUGCUUUGUAGGGGUUUUUGUACACCGACUUUUGAGUUUUAAAGCCACACUUGGUAAUAGGGGCGUCCAAUACAACUUUUUUACUUCCAAUCUGAUACCGAUAUUGAUCCAAUAAUGGCACAAACUUGCGUAUGACAAAUUUUUUCAACUUCUUUUUCGGACUUUAACAAAAGAAAUAACCCUUUGUUAGUACCUUAGUACACACUUACUCUGUAUGCUAGAUCUGGACGCUGCUAGCUAGAGGUGCUGGAGCAGAGUCUGGACUGGAUGCGAUAUUUUUUUUUUGUAGGAAGGUAGGGGAAAGUCCCGCCUCCUUUGCCUCUGAUUGGCUAGAGAAGCUGCGAACGUCAUCACACGCUCAAACCAAACGCAGGCUGUCGGCUCUGUACAUCGAACAGAACAUUAUCACACUUUUGAAUCUCCUAAUCCUAACCCUAACCCGACAGACGACGAUGUAUCACAGCCAUAAGGAAUAACCAAUCGGAGCCCAGCACUUGUAGCCAAUCAGAGGCAAAGGAGGGCGGGACCUUCCCCUACCGUCCUACAAAAAAUUCCCAGACUGGACUGCUUGUACCGGAGAUUUUAGAUGCAGGCCGAUAUAAUCCGAUAUAGGCCUGCACGAUAUAUCGUUUGACUAUCGUCAUCGCGAUGUACGUGUCUGCGAUAGUCACAUUGCAGAGCCUGCGAUAUUGGAGGUGAAUUAACUCAUUUAAUUUCAAGGGUAACUGACUGAGAUACACUCCAUGUGACUCUGCAUGUGCUUUGCAGCGAUCCACCAAUCACCUUCGUCCUUAACUCAGUUGCCAAUCAGACUACCCUGCCAGCUGUCAAUCAAAACCAGGGAGGAGGAAACCCCCUGCACAUGUUCUGCACAUGGAGGGAGACGUGUGUCCGCUGAGAAUUACUUUCGGAACUUUACUCAUGACUAUUAAGCCCAACAAAUAAGAACUGUAUGGGUUUUAAAUUGUACAUUUCCGUGGACCACUCUACUAUAAGCAGUGCGCGUUUUGCGAGGUGCAUGCAAUUCUCGGAGGACAUGCGUUUCUCGGCACAACACCGCUAACAACAACAACAACGAUCGCAAAAUGAACAACGAACAAGCGAAAACCACCGAAAAUGAAGAUUUGUUGCCAAAAAGAAAAGGAAAGUCAGUUAUCUGGAAUUAUUUCGGUUAAAAGAAGGAUGAUGUCGACCAAAACACGUCUUCUGUGUUCAUCUGUUGCCACAAUAACGUCCCAGCACAAUAAAAGCUAAAAAUAUCUCUGAGACAGACAGAAGCCGUUCUACUAACAUUCACAAAAAGAGGUAAGAUCAGAGCAGAUUAACUGUCCUCAAGAUUUCAGCAGUGCAGCAUAACAUUAAGUGCUAUUCAGGUCAUCUGGUGAAAAUUCCUGUAUUUUUAAUAUCGCAAUAUAUAUCGCAGGGUUGAAAAAAUCGCAAUAUUAUUUUUUUCCAAUAUCGUGCAGCCUUAAUCCGAUAUUCGUUUUUUUGCUGAUAUUGGACUAAUAUCCGAUAUCAAUAUCAGAUCGUGACAUCCUUUCUCGCGAACCUUCCCACUCCCGUGACGAAGAGUUGCUCAUGUUUAUACAUAGAUAUAUAUAUAGACCAACAAAUGUAUUUUUUAUUUGUAACAUCUGUUUCAUUUAGUCAGAUCUUUAGUUUAGAUGGAUAAUGUGUCAGCUGUCUCUUCCGUUUAGUGCCUAUGAAAAGUCACAGUGACAUAAAACAGUGAAAAUCUUCACGACUGUCUCCCAAAAACCUCUGUGGUCGUGGUCGAUCACUCAUAUUUUCAUCCAGCUCUUCAAGAUGAGGGUUUUUAGGUUAAAAUUGUUGUAAUUUUUAUUAGAGACAUGAUUUUUGAUUUAUCCAAACUCACAUGGCAGCUGCAAAAUGGAAUUUAUAGUAAAUUUUUAGGGACAUGUGCGAACACACGUGUGUGUGUGAGUGUGUGUGCGUGAAAUCAUGGAAUGAACAUAAAUAUUUAGUUUUAAUUUCCUUGUUGUAGGAGUCUGUGAAGUCAUUGUUCCCUGGGCAGGGAAGCCCGGUCUUUUCCAGACAAACUCUCGUGUUUCCAGAAAGCCUGUUUUCUUCUUCCCAGCUGGUCUCGGAGCUCAGUCAGGUUCUUGUUCCCUCUUCUUCCUGCGGGCCCGGCUCCAAACCCAAAACUCUGUCUCGGUUUUCAGCUUCCUAUUGCAGCUUUAAUCCGUCUAAGACCCAGAACUCGGUGGCGGUCACAGGAGCAGCCGUUGUCCGCUUUACCGACGUUAGUGUCACUUUAUGAUCUCGCCUGCUGCAUUAACACCAUCCCCAGACCUCCGCUCCACACGCUCUCACCUCGUAGCCAAACCAACACCUCCAUGCUAAUUUUAAACUCUACAGUCUCCAACACAAAUUAUAACUUUUUCCGCCACGGCCUCGCUCCAAGUCUCCGAGCUUCCUGAAUUUUGAUUUCCAGCGUUAUAAGCAUCGCAGCACAUUUGGGAAAAGCAACAGAACAUUUAUUGUAGCUCCGCGACUCUGCCAGAGUUUUAACUCAGAGUUUUUACAUUUUUACUCUUUUUCUGUCCCUUUACUUUAAUCCCCUUGUCUUUAUUCUGUCACUAGACGUAAAAGCUUCUGGGUAAACUCAGUCGUGUCCCUCCAGCCGACUCUGAUUAUCAGCCUAUCGUGGUGAUGAUGAUGAUUUUACUGGUUUAGAUUUCCUCAUCUCUGCAGAAGGAAAUUUCAACAAAUUUCAAUCUUCAUCAGUCAAAGACAUUUAGUCUCAGUUAACUUCAUUCGCAGAUUCACAAACACUUCUUUUAUGGCAGUGAUUUGUUGGAAAGAUGCAUCUGUCCACGGGGGCAAACGGGGCCGCUGGGCACCGUAAAAACCCAGACUCACAGCUGACAUGUCUGUUGAACAGUGCACCAUCAGUUUGGAAGUAAAAGAGGCUGUGAUGGGCUAAGAAUAUAAGAUCUAGUGUGACAUACAGGUGCAUCAUGAUAAAUAAGAGUAACAUCGAUCAAUCAGAAAAGGAUCUGAGACACAGAAAUGGUCACCUCCUGAGAAGUCUGUUCAUUUAUACUCUCAGUUUUGCUGCGUUGAUGCAAAUAUUCGACUCGUUCUCUUCGGCGUUGAGAUCAGGUGAGUAACGCCAUAGUCUGGGAACCAUUUGGUUGUAGUUUUGGCGCCGUGGGCAGGUGCUAAGUCUGUUUCUUUAUGAAGCUUCUCAGCAGAUAAGCGCUCUGAAAUCUCCUGGUAGAUUUAAGGAUGUGUUGACCCAGGACACAGUCGACCAACACCAGCAGAUGGACUUCAGCACCUUGGAUUAUGUGCCUCUCUGAUCCUCCUCCAGACUCAAGGACCUUGAUUCUCUUUUCUUUUUAGCUCAGGUGAGAAGCUGCCGAUGGUGUCUCUGGUUCAGGUGUGGCUUAAUUUCAAGAAUGAGGCGUUUUUCACCCCCUUCCUAAAGACACCUGUGCUUGAACCUCAGUCCACUCCUUGUGAAGCUCUUGACUCAAACCUUUCUUGUCCGGGCUGCGGUCAUCCGUGUUGUUUGUGCGUCCUUUCCCACCACGCUUCUGCCCUCCAGUCAGUCUGACAUUUACACGCUCCGUGAACAGCCGGCUUUUUCAGCAGUGACCUCCUGUGGCCUGUCCUUCAUGCAGGAGGUUGUUGAUGAUCGUCUUCUGGACUUCUGUCAAGUCAGCAGUCUAACCCCAUGAUGGUGGUUAGAAGUCCUGAACCAGAAGAAGAGGGACACAGAGUUUAUUCUGUUUGAGCAGGGACUUAUCUCAAGCUCAGUCCUGUACAAGCAGUCGACUAAAAGCUGAUUUAUGCUCGCCAUACGUAUGAAAUGUACGCGUCCGUUUCAAACGAUGGUUCUGUCACUGCCCACAUACUUCCAUACGUCCUUUCAAGUCGGGGUUGGGGAGGAUCGUCUGACUUACCAGCAGAUAAAGAGCACCUCAGAUAAGAGACCACAUAACUGCCUGACAGAGUUCAAGUAGCAGACACACCCCGACAUCAACCCUCCGGAGGAGAAUCGGACCUUCAUGGUCAAAUUGCCGCAAAGAAGCCAGUGAACCAAGAAGGGAACUCUCCGGACCAAGAAAGACAUAAAACCGGGACAAACAAUUCUGAUAUAAUCCAAGUUUGAGACUUUUGGCUCUCGGCGCCAAGUCAAAGAGAGAGGAUGGUUAGCAUGGCAGGUGUCAUGGUUUGAAGCUACCACAGCGUUCUGCAGAGACGUGCCAUCCCAUCUGGACCAUCAGUUGUUUUUCCAAUGACCCCAAACACGCCUCGAGGCUAUUUGAGAGACGGAGUACUGCUUCAGACGACCCGGCCUCCGCAAUCACGCGACCUAAACCCAGACGAGAUGGUUCGGGCGGCAGAGUGAAGGAAAAGCAGCCAGCAAGUUCCAUUCCAGCUGACUACCUCAUGAAGCCGAUUGAGCGGACGCCAAGAGCCGGUUGACUCAACAGAUUUCUGUCAACGAAAUAAUUCCUGAGGUGUUCCCUCAAAGUUUUCACGAGAAUCAUGAGAACGAAGGAAAAUGAACUUUUAUAUAAAUCUGUGCAACCCAGGGCCAAACCGGCACCCCGGGUCAGAGCUGUUUAGACUUACACAAUAUUAAACACAGACAAACAACUCACAGAAAUAACCCGUCACAUGUCCCCACAGCCCUCAGCCACUUGACCAGGUUCCUAAUUCUGUAGAAAACGGCUGAAAAUCGUAAAUCCUCCUAUUUGGGUUUAGGAAACAGAAAAUGUGCUUCAUUGUACUUGAAUAAAAAUUCAUCUUUAUCCUGAACUACUUAUGCUCCCAUCACUAACCUCAUUAUGCAUUAAGAACACAGAAGAAAUAAAUAUGUCAACGUAAAAUAAAGAUAUUGUCCUCGUUUAAAGAUCACAUGUUCUUACUGAAGAGAGCUUCCACAGAGCAGCAGAGGCUCAUUUUAAGGAUAUUUUAAGGGUUGUCACUUUUAUUUAGUGCAAAAUUAUUUGGGAAGUUUAAUCUAUGAAUCAAAAAUUGCAUAAAAAUAGCAAAAGUGUGAAAUGUGGAGACACAUUUCACACGCCUCUGAUACUCCUCCAUGUCUCUCCUUCCUCCAUCCUCAGGCCCAAACCUGGACCUCCACACCCCAGCUCACCUCCAGUUCCACCCCUCUCCACUCUCCAAAGCCUCCUCCUGCUAUUUUUAGUCGCUCUGCGCCUGUGCCGGCGUGGCUCCACUGUUUGCCUAGUGUGUGGUGUUGUGACAAGGGCCCGCAUGGGAGCCGUAAUGAUACAGUGUCUCCGUCUCCCUCCCGGUGCUCAGAUACAGAUUGUUUAAACAGUAUCCUGAGCCGGGGACGGGUCCCAUGACAACUCCAUAAAUAUUUACCAGCAGUAGCCACGCCGCUUCGCUUGACGGGAGCUCGUCUGCAGGCAUCCUCUGCGAUGUUUUUCUUUUGGCCUUUUUUUCCAUUGUUGUCUCUCCAACUGUAGUAUGUGUUGUUUUGAUGAUUUCCUUUGGAUGUUGUUGAUUUUUUUUAAAGUGUUUUUACUCGUGCUGCUUUCACCUUUACACACAAUCAUCUGCCUGGAAUGUCAGGAUUUCCUGAGCGUUAGCGUUGUGUUGUAGCGCAUGUUUGCCCGCUUUGGUAAACACUUAAAAAGCCACGGUGCAGUUUACGACUUGGAAAUCACGUUUAGUCAAAGGAUGUGCCGUAGAGGUCGGAAUGACCUUAAAUUCAAGGCUGCUGCUCACAGAUUAACAAGUGAGAGAAGGUCAGACAGUCAGAAAUGUGAUUUUUUUUAAGUUUCAGAAGCACAAACUCGCCAUUUAGACGUUCACAAGUUAAUAAACGAGUGUAUGCAUAGAAGUAAAACAAGAUGAUUGCUUCCUAACAGACCAGAUGAUAAAGUUUGCAUCUUGUAGCUCAUCACGCUUUGUUAGUAUUGGCGUGAUCACAUUGUUGUUCUUCCUUUAUCUUAACGCCAAAAACAUCCAAAAUCAACAUGUAGCAGACCUCAUCAGUUUUCUGUUUCAAAACCUCCUAAUAAAUUGAUUAUUUUUUAUCACAUGAUGAUAAUAAUUUGUCUCAUCUUGAGUUAAAUAAUCAUAGAAACUUUUGCUGAACACUAGGGAUGUACGAUAUUCAUUUUUUGCCUGUACUAGAAUAAAUCUGUUAACUAGGGUGACCAUACGUCCUCUUCUACCUGGACAUGUCCUCUUUUUUGGGGGCUGCCAUCUUUGUCCGGGGGAGUUUAUAAAAUUCGUCAAAUGUCCGCAGUUUUGUACGCAAGUUUCGAGUUUGUGUCACAUUGACUUACUGAGUUAGAAGCGCGCAAAAGACACUCGAUCCGACCCAAAAAACUCUCAAAAUUAACUUCAUGCCCCCGUGUGGUCAUGUCCUCUUUUUGGGAAGUCAGAAUAUGGUCACCCUAUUUUAACUUUUAUUUCUGACAACACAUUAUCUUUAACCUCAUCUUUUUUCAAAUGUCGACCAUCAGCGUAUCUUUGCAGUCUGUUUCUGACACUGAAAAUAGGGCUGGGCGAUAUCAGCAAAAAUGAAAAUCAAAUUUUUCCCCCAAACUUUAUUCAUGGUUGUUAUGAACUUUUAUUUUUCUCCUUAAGAAUUAAACUACAGAUAAAAAGACAUGACUCUAAACACAACAACAGGCUUUUUUUUCCAUGUCUAUCUCUGCUAAAUCAGACCAGUUUUAAACGACCGAUGAGACUAAUCUAAAUCUAACUAAAUUUAAAAUACUUUUAUAAGGUUGCUUGGCGUCUGUGCACAUCAUCCUACCAGCUGUGAAUAUCAGCAGGAAUCUUCUUAACUACAGAAACUAAAUACUUACAUGUUGUGCUUUUAUUCUCUAAUGUCAAUAUUAUUACAUGAAUAUCAUGGAAUAAACCUCUGAUCGAUGAUUAUGUGCUUUUAAAAACUAACUUCCUGAGAUUUAUUGUGAAUCCAGAAACAAAGUUUGUGUUUCUGCCUCUGUGGAUACUAAUAUAUACUUUUUUAAUCAUUCCCUGAACAGACAUCUCAGAUUAUUUCUCUUAAUAGUAAAUUUUAACAGGUGAUGUCUUGCUCUUGCCUGUCCUCGGUUUCACUAAUUGUGUCGUUUGAUGUUCAGGCGGUCCAUAAAUAACAUGAUAAUAUCGUAAAAUGUUACAGCUGCUGUAAUCAUGAGGUGGAAAUCUGCUGUUGUGACUGACUUCACAUGCACCUCUGCACAAAAUAAUCUAUAUAAGAGUAAAAAUAUUGGUAGAGAAAGGUGUUUAAUUUGCUGUAAUUAGUUUUUCUAAAAUCAGAGACGCUAAUAAAUGAAUUCAAAUGUUUUUCUGUCUUCACCAGAUGACGGUAAAAUCUUCCACGGCAGCGGGGUCGGAGACGCUUUCGGCCCUCGGUGCUUCAAAGGAGACAUCAUGGGCUGCGGCAUCAUGUUCCCACGGGACUACAUCCUGGAUGGAGAAGGUAAAGGCAGAGGGUUUCAGGUGCUGCAGUUCCACUCAUUAAUGCCGUCGGCGUGUCUGUGGGAGGUUUCGAUCUUAAACCUGCUUAUCGUGGUUUAGCGUAGGCGACGUUCGGUCUUAGCCGAGGACUUUAUGUUGCAUGUGGGAAAGAAACUGGAGGAAAACCAAGAGAAAAGCCCUGAACAGGAGCAGGAGCAGUCACUGUGAGGGGAAUCUCUUACCUCCCACUCCCUCCCAUUUCCAAAAUGCACAAAUAAAGACUCUCAGGUGGUUUUAGAAAAUCUGUUUCUUAACCACCAAAGCUGUAAAGACUGUUCAGAAUUGCUUAACCGGGCGUUAAUCGUGCUCUCUGCGCUCUCUUUGUCCUCAGGUGACAUGGACGAUUGGCUGGAGAUCCGACCGGGUCACGCGAGCGUCCAGAAUGUUCUGUACCUCAACGACGAAGAGGAGGACGAUGACGAGGAAGAGGAAGAAGACGGGGAAGAAGCAGAUCAGGGACAGGAGGGCAGGAAGGUCACGGUGAGGAACGCUCAUAAACACACGCAGCUGCGGUAACCGUCUCGUACUAACGCUGCGCUCUUUUAACCUUUAAAACGUCCGUGUUGCUCAGGCGUCCAUGUUUGACACACUUAUGAAUACAGGUGCAUGUUUAUUUUUAAUGUAUGUGAUCACACAGCGAGAUACAAACACGAUAAAGAGAUUUAAGAGCAAAAUUUAUGAUAAAAAAUGGAAAUCGAAGCAACUAAAAUACAAAAAUUUAUCUCUUAGCCGAACCCUAACCCCCUGAAAACAAAAUCUAACGUAGAAAGUUUGGCGAGGAGGAAGGAGGACUGUGUCGACCUCUGACCAAUCACCUUUCAAGAUCUAACCCACCUGUUAAAGAAAACCAGGAUAAUGAGAGCGAUGUGUGUUUGGGAUCAUAAGUUCAUAUUUAAUCUUCUCCAUUUUUCAGUCCUUCGUUUGUGUUCAUGGUGCUAAAAGAAGUUCAUGUCCUCUGCCGAACUCUUGAGAUCUCUAGAAAUAAAAACAGUUUUAGUAUUUUAGGAAAAGACAAAACCAAAUCUGAAAUCUGCUCAGUGCAAAGUUCGAUAACACACAUUUCUGAGGACACAAACAAAAAGCGGUUCUUCCCAUAAAUAUGAAGCCGGUCGACUUUAUCAGGGGGGUUUCCAGGACUUACGAGCAGAGCAUUUUUUUAUAGGCAGAAACAUGAAUUUAUCAGCGUUCCUUUCCUGGAAAUCUACAUUUUCUUUAAAUAAUGCGGUAGAUUUACGACAGAAAAGGUCCGCGUCGACUUUUUGCGUUUUACUGCCUCAUAAAACUUUACCCUAUUUGAUCCACUUCGACUGAACGAUAUUGAUCAGCCUUAAACAGAGACUCGGUCAACACAGUGCAGCAGGUUCGUGCACUUGAGUGGAAUCACAAUGGAGACAGAGAGAGAGGCCCAAAACAGAAUUAAAAAACAUGUAAACAGGACUUGGAUGGAUCCUUGUCCGUGUAAUGACCUACAUUAGUGGUCGUAAAAUCUGUCCUCGAGGAGAAAUUUAGAGUUUCUUUAAUGAGUAUAAAAGUAUUUUCUGGUAUAUAUGAUGGAUUAGAUUACAGUUCUGGAGCACCGCAGACGUUUUCCAAGAAAUUUUAUCUGGAGAACAUACGAGGAAGAUCUGGUGAUUGUGUCCCCGCUUUUCAUUUCUCGGAGGGUCUGAGCGCACACGCCUCAAUUCCAGCCUGUCGCUCCUUUUUCUCUUCCUGUUUCCUCGAGAUAAAAACACAUAAACAACAUUUUGAAAAAGAAGAAACCGUCACAGAGCUUCUUCUCGUGAUAACUCAUGAAUUAGGUGAGUUUAGAGGUAAUGAAAGCACACGCUCUCACCUACAGACGAUAAUGAGUCCCUGAGAGACUUUUCACACACAGACUCUGAACAGAAAGUCUUUAGAGGACGAGUCGAGGAACUUUCUUUCUCGACUGAUAAUCCAAAACCCAAGAAUAUUCACUUUACUGCAGUUAUAAAUCUGAUCACAUUCAAACCCCGGAGCACUGAUCUUUGAAGCUAUCACUUAAAAAUGUCUGAAAACGUCGGGCAGUUAAUUUUAAUCAGAGUAUUUUAUCAUGGCAGCUUUUUAUGACAGUUAUGGUCCCCUCAGGCCUGUGCAGAUGUCCUUAUCUCCUCAUCUCUUCAUUUUGGGUGGAAAGAUUCACAAAUAUUGUCGUCAAAGUGAGAGGAUGUCGAGUUGAGUCCAGCUCAUCAUCGGUGUCCACGAAUACUCGUUACUCCUGUGAGCACCUGUGCAUCGAGAAACAAGCUAUCCGUCACAACCUUCAACACAAACAGGGUUUCUGCGCAAGUAUGGAAAAGUAUGGAAAUAAAUUAGAUCAAUUUCCAGGUCUUAAAAAGUCUGGAAAAUGACAUUUUAAGUGUGGAAAAUAUUUAUUUUUCCAGGCUAAAAUACUGUUUUCUAAAAUAGGAAAGUAGGUUUUUCCAAAAAAUAGAGAAGGGUACGGAAAUUUCAACUGUGUAGGGACCCUGAUAAAAGGGCGUGAAGUAUUACCAACAAAGGGCAAAAAGUGGGCGGAGUUUCUGUGUGGUUACUUCGCCACAUGCAGGGUUAUAGUCUGUACCAAAGUCGUCAUUCGAUACCAAACAGCUGUGCAGAGUUUUGACCGGGUUUGGAGCAGAGAUGAUGCAGACGAGCGUAAACUCACGACCUCUACCCACCGUGCCGGUUUAGCGAAACUCUUGGGGUCGCAGAGUUUCAAGUCGCUGAGAUCGCUGGAUUGACACGCGUUUCUCUGACACCCGGAGGCUUUUCUGCACCUCGAAGAAAAUGAGUGUAUUUCCAGGAAUUGACGAGAUCUUAGACAGUAAAAUUUAUAGUUUUCUUUGAUGAUUUAUGGGUGAAUUUCUGUGAAAUAUUAGCUGUCUUUCUGGUGAACUGAUGACGCUCAAUCCUUGGUAGACAGGUCUUAUGAUUCCCGAGUUUAUACACAUGGAGACAAGGCGUGAAAGAAUUAUGUAAAAACACUUAAAACCUUAGAAUAAAGUGCAGUUAUCUCAAUAAACAUAAUACUAUAUAUGGUCUUUUAUUUUGGAGGGCUAUCGUUUUAUUUUGAAAGCCCUGUCUGAAGAGUUGAUUCUGGUCUCGUCACCCGAGACUUCAUGUACCCACGUGUGCGUAUUUCAGUUUUAAUAAAAGAUCCUUGAGUAACUUCUUCAUGCGUUCACCUCAAUUACACAUAAUCUAUUUAAAUGACCUUAUUUUCUCCCACCGUCCCUCAGGGCGCGAAUCAAACUCAAGUGUAUUAGUAUGUCAGCAGGUCUUUCCAUCCCUGACAGACACUUCAGACCGGCUCGAACACGUUAAAGUUCUUAUAUAUAAAUUCCUUUUUUUGUUCAGAGUCGUUACUAAAGGAGAGGAAUGACUUCAGCUCAUCGAAACGGCGAGAUUAGUUUGAUCGUGAACUCUAGAAAAGGUUCGUUUAGGUCGGUGAAAACUUGAGCGUCGUUAUCAGCGCUCUGUUGUUUGUUUGUGAUUGUUUUUGUUUAAUUACUGCAGCUUUUCCACUUCGUCCUGACUCGUAGAAAAAAGUUGCCCACACUGUUGUGCAAGUGGAGGCCGGGGGGUCACUGAGCGGGUGUGAGCGCACGCUGCACUGAAACCCAAGUGGGUGAGAACAGAGCGGGCCGAGCCGUAAUCCAGGGAUUUGUCUAUAUUUACUCAGCAGGACAAAUUAGGCUGAAUGCGGCGCUGCUCGACUUCGCCGAGGUCUCUGUGGGCUCGGCUGCACGUGUUGGGGGUUACACUCACCCUUCAUCUCUAAUUGAAUAGUGCUUAAGCCUUUCUUUUUUUCAAGUGGGUGGUACAGUAAAUGUUUGAUAUGUGACUCAGCCUGAUUUAUCGGAGACACACACUCCCGGGUUCUCGACUUGUUGUUUUUAGUGUGUCGGUAUUUGCUCUCAGACUUGGAGAGAAGCCCUCGGUAUUAGCGCUGAAAAGCUUGUUGAUGUUCGUUUGAGGACAGCUGGAUAAUGUUUGAUCACUCGCUGAUUUAGUAGAGACAUGUACCGUAAACACUGAGUUUUUUUUUCCCUCCAUAAGAAGGCAGACGUUACUCUAUCACCUGUUUGUUUAACAAUAUUUCCUAACUGCUCGUAAUUCCUGCCUCCCUCUUUCUUCUUCUCGCUCAUAUUAAGUUUCCAUCAGUCGGUCAAUGUGGAAAGACUUAGUUAAGAUCAUUGACUGUGAGUAAAGAUGGAUGAAGCGUCUCCGUCUCCUCCUGUUUUACAAAAAUGAAGCCAAAACAAAAGGGUUGAUUUCUCCCACGUUUGGCGUCGGAGUCAGCAGAGAUCAGGAGGUCAGUUUGCAGUAUCGGCGCCACGCCUCUUCCGUUAACUAGGACACCGAUACCGUCACAUUUUACUUUUUUGUUUAGUGUAUUAAAGGACCUCUCCAGAAAAUACAAUUAUUGGAGUCGUGAACUUUAACACUGUCUUCAUCUUUUAUUGUAACCAUGAUCUCUAACAAAGCGACGAUGUGGUGAAUUUAACAGACCACACUCAGGAUCUUUCCAUCAUGACGUCUCGACUGUUGAGCUAACUGUUGUUAGCUUCUCAACUUCCACGUUUAUCAUCGUUGCCAUGGCUGCAUUUGCUCUACUUCCUUCUUCAGUCAGCUGGCCCUCUGAUUGGCUGUUGAGGAUUUUAUUUCAUUUCAUUUUAUUGAAUAUUUAUCUUCCUCCGUGCAGAUCAGAGGGGGAAAACUCCCUCUUAACUCGCCCCACGCCUCAAAAUAAUCCGGGAGAUCAUCUUUAAAACUGUCUGAUGAUCGCGCCUGAAAUUGACUCUACUAUCCUGUUUGUAACCUGGAACCUCAUGGCGUUUUUCAUCGAGCUAAUGUGACCAUGUGACGAACUGUAGAAGUCUGAAGUGAGCAGGAUCCUGCGUUCAUCAUCAGGACUGUUAAUCACGGCGUUGUGCAUCUUUUUAUGACAUGAAAUCAUGUUUUUGAAUUUUGAACCAUCUUCAAUCUGUUUACAUGGAGGAGGCGGGCUUUACGGCUCAUACUGCAGCAUGCCAGCAGGGGGAGCUCUGGCUGCUUUGCUUCAUUUCCAGGUGGCCGUCUUGUCUUGUCAGUGAAAAAUAAAGGUGUGCUCUAACUCAUCGUCGCCCCCCUGUGGUCCCUGUUUAGGUGUUCUUCACCAGGAACGGGAAGCUGAUGGGUCGAAGGGAGAUGGCGGUCCCUCCCGGCGGCCUCUACCCAACCGUGGGGAUGCUGAGCUGCGGGGAGAAGGUCAAGGUGGACCUGCACCCUCUCAGCGGAUGA